GUGCCGCUACCUUCUGAACUAAGGUGGGUGGCUACAAGAGACAGAGCUUUUAUUUUGAACUUUUCCAACCUUCCUUGAGUUUUAAGAACCAGUUAAAAUUUUGCUUUUAACCAUUUGGUGAGAUUUGAAAUGGCUGUUGUUACUAAAGCUCACUGUCUAGUCAGAUUUAAUAUUAAUAAAUUAUUCUUCUGCAGCACUAUCUACUUAAAAGUCCUACUGAAUUCAAUGUGGUUAACUCCCCUCUAACUAGGGUGAGGACUGCAGUGUUGCUUUAUUAUCCGGUUGUUGCUUUUAUUAUAUGUUGUAAGCUCCCUGUUCAGUAUGCAGGAUUAAUUCAUUUUACAUAAGCAGAAUACUGGGAGAAGUAAAAGGUGUCUUCCCGUUUCCCACAUUUUGCACACUUCACAUCUCAGAUAUGUAGCAAACUAUAGCCAAACACCCUUUUUCACAUGAUACAUUUUACUGGUAUUUACCACCCCACAUAAGCAAAAUUUUCUUCCAAUAGUACAUAAUAGAUAUCCAAGCAAGUACUCAAGUCUUUUUUGUUCACUGUAACAAGUGUCCCGCUGUCCUUGGACAAACUUGAUUAGCAACCAGUCUUCUAACUCUAAGAUUUGCUUUGGCAAGCAGGGUCAUGUCAUCAAGUCAUUUGCUCUUUUAGGCUCUGGAUCAGGAAAGGCCAGAGGAAAGGCUUCCUUGGCUGCUGCACAGAGGACUCCUGAGUGACAGUGUCCAAGCAAGCAUAUUUCCACUUGCCUUUCAUGAAGGACAUGUUGUAUGGAUGGCUUUCUUGCCCACUGCUCAAACCAAACACACAUCCUAGCCUGUUUUUCCAACGGGGAAAAAAUUCACAGGGGCUUUUAGUGUUGCUUUUGGACAAAGCUGUUUCAAUGCCUUCGUCCAUCCUUAUUACCUUUCUAUACUGACCUAGGGCCUUUGCAGUUGCUGCUGGGCACCAGCGUGUGAGAGAGAAGCAAAAACAACGAUCCACAUUUUUGGUUUGGCUAAAAGAGGCAGACGGGCAACCAGUGCAUGCCCACACAUAAACUCGCAAGCCUUCCUUCUGAACAGGUGUUUGUUAGCAACGCCUGGGAGAUCCGUAUGGCAAACCCAUAUCGAUAUUUUGUUGUAUCUGACUCCCAUCCCUCGCCAGAAAGGAGGGCUGGAAAAUAUCACCUUGCUCACAAAAGCCUAUUAAGAGACAUUUCUUCCUGCUGCUGCAGUCGUUACGACUUUGUGCGGCUACGCGAGAACGGCCUGCCUGCCUGCCCUUUGGCGGGGAAGCCAUAACGCCCCGGGAGAAAGAGAAACGCAAGAACCGGAUUAGCUGAGCUGCCGUUUACCAAGCGGCCGCCACGGGCAGCCUAGCUUCGGUUCCUGCGCCCCGAAACGUACUUGAAGCCCUCACUUCCCCAAGGGCCUCUGACCCGAGUCGCCCCACACCCAAGAAGAGGAGGCGCGCGCGGCGCUCCUGGGGGCACCGUGCCCCAUUUCCUCAGGGAGCCCUUCGAGAAGCCCCUUGCCGUUUCCACUGCGCCACGGGGCAGCAGCAGCGGCCGCGUGGAGAGCAGGCGCCCCUGGCCCGGGCAACGGAGAACGGUAAGGGCUCUUACCUCAGAGCCGCCUCCUGACGCCCGCGCCGCCGCCGCCUCCUGCCCCUCUCGCUGCUCCUGUGCAGGACUCGGUCCGGUCCCCACAGCGCGGCUGCCGUCGACACACGCUAGCUCAGCUCUGCGCGCCGCCAUAGUGUGACGGUAAUACCCAAACAAGCCGGCCUACGCCGGAAGCGCCUCCCCUCAGCCAAUCACCGACCACCCUUUCCCGUGUCAUGUGACGCAGAAGAAACGCCCACCGCUUGGGCCCGGGUGAAGAGGCGAGUGAGGGAGCGAGCCAAGGACUCGCUGGAGAGGCGGCCGCGAGAGCAGCUUCGGACUACAACUCCCAGCAUGCCCUCUCGCCUUCCCUCCCGCCCGCAUUGCUUCGCGGGAGUUGUAGUCCAAAGCGCGCUUCCUUCUCUCGCUGGUAGCGGCGGGGUGCGCACAUGUCCGCUGCGGGAUGCCUUCCGCUCCUGAGGCGCUUUCUCAGCAAAGCGCCCCACUCCAGGCUGGGGUGAGUCCACUUCAUUUUCAGGAGUUGUUUUGUAAAUCCUGGACAGGCAUUCCGACGUUUCCUGAAGCUGGCAAACAUGGAAGGCUGGCGGGUGAAACCCUGGUCUCUCAAGGGGUGGGGCAAUUCAGUGUGAACACAGUACCGCGAAACAGCCUCAUUAGCCCUGCUUUAUCCAGGAAGAGAUGUACUUCGCAUUAAAGGAGUAGCAUCAGCAAAGAGGAGGCCUGGAGACUUAUUUUUAAGAUCACGGUUUCACUUCCACACUUUUAGAACAGUAUGCAACUAAGUUAGAAUAGAUCCCGGAAAUUAAUGGACCCAAGGGAGUCGUGUCCAUAUUUUCAGUGGAUCUACUCUAGGUAAGAGUAACUUUGGAUACACCCCUAGUGCCCAUCUAAUUUCAGCACAGUGUAGUAAGUGAACACUAACUUCAGUCUAGGUACUGUUUAUACAUCUAAAAUAAACAAGUUUUAUUGAAAGCAGGCAUACAGGGACAUCAAAUCCUUGUAUGUAUUCCUGUGCGUAAAUCAUACCCCUAGUAGUUGUUUUGGUAAGGGUGAAGAAUAUUACAGCCUAUAAGACAUCCUACAAGAUAAGUUAAGACUCAGCUUGGCUAUACCUGCUAAAGGAAAAGCCCCCACCCCCAUCCCAAGCCUAGUUUUGCAACCAGUGUGCCCUUUAAAGGAAAAACGUAAUUAAUCCAAUCUGGCAGUGUGUAACAGAAAACUCAAUCUGCAUAGAAACAUCUCUUAAUAAAUAUUUUUGGACUUUUAACAUUUGUUACAUUUUCAAAAAAAAAAUAGGGUGUCUAUUUUUAAAAUUGACAACACCGAUUACCACUUCAGAUAAAUUCUCUUCUAAUGCACAGUAUCUAAUUCAUUUUAUAUAAUGUUUCCAUUUUGUAUUAGCCUUCUAGUACAGUAGUAGUGUAUUAAACUAUAUACAUUAGCAUAAUGAUCCUCAGAAGUGCAGACUUCACACAAAGCCAAAUAACUUGCUCAUGUAUUACAGAGAACCAAGCUAUUUCCUGUAGGAAAACAACAGCUUACAGUAUUUAUGAUUCUGUGAAAUCUUUAUUUGGGAAUUAGUAAGAAAAGAUGUCUCGUGAAUUCUUUACAUCUGGACAUCAAGCAAAGUUAACAUUAUGCUUUAGCAACCAUCAUUUCAGUUACUAGUAACCAGUUUAUUCUCCAGCAGUUUGCUCAAAACAUCAAGUUCCUAGUACUUUACAUUUUAAACAAAGGCAAUAGAAGUCAAUUACUGACCCAAAGUUAGAUGCGUAGUCUCCUGCAACACUGCUAAAUAUAUUACCUUCCAUUCAGUUCUGACCCCUUUAUCCAGCUGUAGUGUUGUCUUGUCAGUCUAGGAUGGCAGUCAUAUUUUGACUUCUGAUUAUUCACACUAUAGUGUUCCUCCCACACCUUAAUAAACAUUUAACACUUAUGAGUAUAGCGCUACUCAACCACACCCACAGGCCAAGCCUGAAUUUCUUGCUACACUUUGGUUCUACUUUUUAACCUAUGCUUCACUCUAAAGUAUAUUAUACAUUUUAGCAAUUAAAUGAAGAGAUACUUUUAUCUUAAGCAGAAGAACUGAACUGUUUUUCUUCUAAAACGCUCUUGGAGUGCUUCUUGGAGUGAAAAAAUCCCAAUAAAGUAAGUGAACCCUGAGCCAGUUGAUGUGCCAUUUAUGUAUAUCUUGAGCGGUCAUUGUUUUAUCUGUCUAGUGACUAAAGUGAGGAAAAUUGAAUCACUGAAUUUUUGAUUAGCCACACCAUAUCAUCACUCUAAACCUUCACCGCUUUUGAUGUCCAGGUGCCGAGGUUCUGCUAAGAUAAAAAAAGCUAUAGACAAAGCCUGAUAACACUUUCUAAGAGAACAUAUGGUAUUAAGGGACUAAUACCUAGAUGUAUUAUGAACUUAUAUUUAUAAAUGAGCCAAAGGGAUCAAAAUAUUAACAUGACUUCCUAUUACUUGUAGGAAUAUGGUUAGAAGUUUUCAAUUUUCACCCCAGUACAGAAAGCAGCUCACAAAUUAUUUUUAAAAUUCACUUCCAAUUAUCCAGUUAACAUUUUCCAGCAACUUUUGUUGUUUCAUUAACUUUUAAAACUUGCCUCACAUGCCACUGGAUUAUUAACAGUAUUUUCAAAGAACUGUUUUUACACCCGAUUACAUAUCACCUGGAGUCCGUUCUUUCUUUCUUUCUUUCUUUCUUUCUUUCUUUCUUUCUUUUUUUCUUUCACAAAGAGCCAUUUUAUGCCUUAGAAAAGUCUCUGAAGCAAGUAUAAAAACGGGUUCACAUCAGUUUCCAAAAAACUUUUAUGCAAAGUGGUUAAUUUUCUCCUUGUAGCAUUUCCUCUAUUUCUUUGUCCCAGUUAUCAUCUCGUUUUUCUGACUCUGCAACUACUUCAUAUUCUUGAAGUUCUUGUUGUAGUUCCUUUUCCCAGUCUGCAGUUUCUUCUAAAAACAAAACAUACAGAGGUCACAGGACUGAAUAAAUGUUGCACUAAUUUAGUACUAAUUUUGCUAGUAAGGACUAGUCCACCCACACAACAAAGUGUUGUGUACCAGUUCAAACUGCAAGUAAGGGGAAAUCACAAUUGUUUAAAUACUUCUCUACUUUGUCAGUUUACACUCUGUUCUCUUUGGCAUUCACAUUUCCAAGCUUUCUUAAGCAUGAACGUGUAGAAAACAAACCUGUACAUCAAGAAAUUACUGCUAUAUUUUUGACUAAAAUAUCUUCCAAAUGCUAUGCAUUUGGGAAUUGCUGGUGUCCCAGAUUAUCUAAUCACAUGCAAGGCAUGCCAAUUGAAAUAAUACUCUGGAAGGGCCAGAGCUGAGCACAUACAGAAAUAAAACCCUUACUUGGAAGUAAGUUGUAUAAAAAAGCUGAUCCCAAAUUAGUGACAUCUAGAUUUCCUUUUCAACACUGUUCUUUUCCUUGGGAUAUGCACUUCCUAUAAACCUAGACAUCCAAGUACUCUAAAUCUGCAAAACCAGUUUCCUGCACAUACUGCUUCAGCCACAAUCCAGGAAAUAAAGGAUACUGCUGUUAACAAUUAUGGUAAGAUCCUUCAAGACUUCAGAAUGCAGAGAAGAUGAGCAGUGUUAAGAACAGGACGCAUUUCUAGCUUUGCUUAUUAUAAACCACCCUGUGAACUUUGGAUAAAGGGUGGUAUAGAAACUUACCAAAUAAAUAAAUAAAUCAAAUAAGCAAAUAAAGGCAUAAAUCUUACUAUUUCAGAUAGCCUAUCCUCAUUGGGUAAGGGGAUAUUUCUAAAGCUAUUUUUGAUUCAAAUAUGGAAUAUAUUUACAAAUAUACCCAUAAAGAGAGGGAGCAGAAUUUGCAAAAAAAAAAUUUUUUUUAUUUUUUACCUUCUACUAUAGUUGUUUCCUUGCUCUUGUCAAGUACAAGUUGUUCAAUCUCUUUCCUCAAAUCUUCCCGAUUCAAGCUGCAUGCAUCAAAAGCGUCACUCACAAAUUCUGAUACACCUGGGCUAGUUGAAAUUUCUUCUUCCUCCUUAAAUUGGAGAUGAGAAAGGAAGGAAAUCCUUAUUUACAGGAGAUGGUGAAGGAAUUUAAAAGUGUGUAUAUAUAUAUACUAAUAUCGUGGGCAUUUCUCCUUAAUGUUAUGCACCGUUUCCCUAUAGUGAAAGGGAAAACAAUGAGGUCACAUGCACAGAAUCUCUACACAGAACAAAGGCCUAAUAGGAAUUUGUAAAAUAGCUUAUCUUCAUGAGAAUCACCAUGGCAGGUAGAAGGGAUAGACAAAGUCAUUUUGCCCUCAUUUUCCUUCUGUAUUGCUUUCUUAGGAGAUAUGCAAUGCAGCAGAAAGCAUAAGUCAGAUGUGGAGAAUCUCUGGCCCUCCACAUGUUGCUAAGCUACAACUCCAUCAGUCCCAGCAGACAUUGUCAGGGAUAGUGGGAGCGGUUGUUGGCAUCCAUCUGUCUCAAGAGACAAUGGAGUGUGACUCUGGGGAUGAAGUCAAACCGUUAGCAGCACUGAAGUGACCUCCCCAGGGUGCAAGCCUGGGCAGUGUGCUCGAAGGUCCUGCAACAUCUGGAGGGUCAAAGGUUCCUCAUACCUGGUGCUGGCCAACAUUACAAAAACAGCUACCUUUGUUUUCCAGCUGGAAAAUUCAGCACUGAGCUAUGCCCUUGCACUAUUCCUUUCCACGAUCCCAUCCCACAUCUGGCAUUAAUGGUAUAAAUAAAAUACUUGAAUCAACCAUAGUAAAGUGCAAAGUUUCCCAAAGAGAGGAAGUGCUGUGAUACAGGGUUGGGGAAGGGAAAAUUGCACUUUAGCUGCUCAGCUAGAACUUGCCAAUCAUAGGCAAUCACUUGAUUAAAAGGGUGACCUCCUUUGCUCAGGAUUCUGAAGGUCCUCACACAGCCACCAUUCUAAACCUUGUUUCAGCCAAAUUCUUGAUUCCUCCAGUACAUUUGUUUAAGGGCUUUUUGUGAAGCAGUUUUGGAGUUGGCCAAACUAACAUGCAUCUAAAAAACUUAAAGUAUAAAAAAUGGUUAUGCUGUAAAUACACAUAUUAAUCUUAACUGGAGAAUAAUGUUACCUCUUGAGGCUUUAGCUGAGAUUUGAUCGCUACGGGUGGUGUCUUUGGUCGUACAGUUUCUAGGAAAAAGACAGAAAGGAUAGAAUUUAGAAGAGCAUUUAAAGCUUAAGUUGUGGCUGAGUGAACAGUGACUCAAACAUAACAAGCCAAGUACAAUACACUCACACACUUCCUCCCCUUCCUCUUUCUCUCUUCACGCUAAGGAUAUUUAAAGCUUCUGCUUCUGAUUUGUAACAAGCUGCAGCUUCCCUUUAUGAAUAGGUAAAAUUGUGGUUUGUACAAGCCAUGUUAUCAAGUUUGAUUUUCUGGUUUGUUAACUAUGGUUGAACAAAAUGUAGUUUGAAGCUUUUUGGUCAGUUUGCAAUGUCUUUGCUUUCUUUUUUGUGGAAGAGAAAGUGUGUGUGUGUGCAAAUUCUGUGCUUGCUGCAGCUCAUAUGCAUAUGCAUGAAUUAUUCCACAAUUCUUGACUGGCCUCGAUAGCUGAAAUGGAUUUUGUCGUUGCCAGGAGCUACCCAUCUCCUUGUCCCUGGCCUUAUACUGUGCUAUAAUGUGAGAUUAGAGAUAAUACUCUGCUUCCACCUCAGGCUCCAAAUUUGGAGCCUUGGUAGUUUGACCUUGUGCUUUCAAGGCACUCCUUGUGUUUCAGUGCAAUGGCCAAACCACUCUAUCUUCCUCCUAGCCUUAGAGCUAAGGAAGGAACAAUGAUAAUCCACACCCCCAUGUUCAGCUCCUGAGAUAAAAGGCUAGGGCUUCAUCCCCACCAAAAGGCAGCAGGACAAGCUUUCAUGAAGAGCAAAACUCUCUACAUGAAACUAUUUUUAAUUCUUAACAGAGAAAGUAAUAUAACUGAAUAUUGUGAAGAAAUUGAACUAUAGUCCUGAACUUGUGCUAUAUUGUGGAAAUAUGUAUCUUAGAUUGCUCUUCCUCAAUAAGAAUAUCUGUGGAACUAUAAUGGAACUAUUUUGCUUGUUCUCAGAUGGUUGAAGGCUAAUAAUUUAUGAAACUUCCACCAUAAGAAAUGUUUAAAAAGUGACGGAGGGAGAAAGUCUGGAAUGUGCAUUUGUCAGCCAGGUGAGAAAGGAGUCGCCACCCAACAUAGUGAAACAAAUCUCUACCUGCUAGCUGUCUGUCCUCUUGGCUGCCAUUCUGCUCUUUCCUCACGGCUUGCUGUUGUGCAGCCAGUGCUGUGAGCUGUGCAGACUGCUUAAUCAGGGAGACACGGUAAAAGUAAUUCCUCCAAAACACAUCUUCUUUUACACUGGAGACAACAAAAUAUAUGGUUUUGAUAACUACGCUAUAUAAAUAUAACAUGAAACAUGCAUGCAAGGUGGGAGUUUACUGUAUGCAUAGUGGAGGGAUGAGUGGAGCAGGAGAUCUGCUUCGGUUUCUUCCCCGCAAAGCAGCUCAGAAGAGCUGUAGGACCUUCCAGAACAGUAUGAGAGAUGGCAUGGAAAAAGGGGGAAUUGACAAAAAUCACUUUUCCUACUUUCCCACUGGAAGCCUCUGCUGGAUUGGAGUUUGCAGGUGGGCAUAUCUGGAUCCAACCUGAUGGCUAUAAACCUACAUAUAUUUGGCCAGGAAUAAUUCCCAUUGGACUAAAUGGAACUUGCUUUUGAGUAGUUAUGCAUAAGGUUGUGCUAUGAGCUUACACUAAACAAUUACUAGCUCUGACAAAGAUAAAAUAAAAUUCCUCAGAGGUAGGCGUAACAGUAUUUGGCAAGUUAGGUUUCCAAAAAAACAAAAAACAAAAAAACACGCCACUGAGAAAUAAUUUAAUGUUUAGGUUUAGACUGUGACUUAAAUUUCAGAAUAGAAUACCAUGAACUAUUUAUUGUCACAUUUUAAUGUACAAAUGGAAACACAAUAUUAGUAAAUAUUGCAAGUUACACAAAGCUAUUAUUUUUACUCAGACUUAAAAAAUUGUUCAACAGCUUAUGAAAAUAUAGGCAGAUCACUCACUGCUUUGGAACAAGAUCAAAUCUCAUUCUGUUCAGAAGUUCAUCUUCUUGGAGCAUUACCAAUGCCACUGGAUACAUCUGAUCAAAGUCAAAAUUAAAUUGAACCCCAGCCGGUGGGUCACGCAGGAAGUUUCUUCGGUCCUUUGCAAAAAAAUAAAUAAAUCCAUCUGUCAAUGGUGAAAAGGUUACGCUUCUGUUUCCAAAGAGCACUUGUCAAUCAAUUACUUUGAAAAGUAACUGAUAGCACAAGCAGCUCAGCUAGAUACAUGGGGAAACACCUUUCAAUAAAAGAAGUCUUUAUAUCAUCAAUUAGCAUGAUCUCACUAAAUCCCAUAAGCAGUUUUAUUAUUUAACACAUUGAUGCCUCAAAAUGUAAAGUACUGUUUUAGGUAGGCAAAGAGGAGGAGGAAGAACCUUAAACAGAAACAACAUAAUACUACUUACUGCUGAUAAUGCCAGUAUUUGUUGCUGAAUUGUUUCUUCUUCAUUGCUGUCUACCCAAGGAGGCGCAGCUGCUUCUGUAAGGAAAAGGGGAGCACAUGUAUAUUGACAUGUGAACUACAGGCAUUUUUGAUUGAAGAAGGCCGCUUGCCAAGAUCUGUGACAAGUGUUCCCAACUAAAUUUCAUUUUAGCUGAGGGAAUUAGGAUGCUCCAGAUGUCCCCUGGCAGUGUGUGUACAUGUGUCUGCUGCCACAGAGAUCUCUGCUGUGCUAUCUGAAAGCAUAGGGGAAUGCAUGCUACUACUGCCAGUGUUCCCACUGGCAGAAAGAAAUCACUGUUAAGGCUCCAAAACAGGAAGCGGCAGUGGUAGGACAGGACCUGUGAUGGACCCACUAGAUCCAAAGCUGGUUCAUUUCCAAAAGAGGGACCCAAUCUAAAUACCUGUGCUGUGCCGGCCUGCAACAAAACCCAAAACUUUUACACCCUGGCUACCAGGGCUGCAGAUGCAGCAGGGAUUCCAUUGCCCUGUGUCUUCCCAGCCCUGGUUAAGAUUACGCUGUUAUGCAUUACCUGAUUUCUUUGUUUGCUGCUGUUGAACAAAUUUUUUCUGCUCCUUCUGAAAAUCUCCUAUAAUUGUCUAUAAGAAAAAACAAAGUUAUAUAUAGAACAGCAAUAAAUUUGCCAGACUACUUGGGUUCUCACUGUUGCCAACAACUUAUUUACAUGUAAAACUGGAAUCUAUUUGUAUUGCCCAAAGUUAACCAAAUUCAUAUCUGUAACAAGUAUAUAUCAGAUCCCAAUAGUAAACCCAAAUACUUGCACAUUGUAUAGUGACUUGAAUGUAACUGCCUUCUAUACAAAGGUUUAGAUCCAGACUAUGCAACUCCAUCCAUGCAGCCCUCUUCUGGAGGAAGGUUGGGGAGGCUAUUUUCAUAUAUUUGCCCUGCUGCCACCUGAAAAUCUAUUCCAUAGGACAGGAGUAUGUCCUGGUACAGCAUGGGAGAUGGCACAGAGGGCUGUAGGGGGAAUUGGCAAAAGAGUCUCUACCCAUCUUUCUUCAGCAGGAACCUCCACUGGAUCUUGAUCUCUUGCUUUCAUGAAAGGAGCUCUUCCAUUCAUGAAAGGUGGGUCUGGAGCCAACCUAAAGAACUUGAGGCUGAGUACUGGGAUACCUCCACAUACCUUCCUCUCUUAACCUGUCAGACACUGCCCCUUUUCUUCUACCAGCAUAAUUAUUUGUUAUGAUAUAGGUAUGAGAGGAGAGGAAUAACCAAUAGUAUCCCAUAAACUUUCUUUAAAAAAAAAACCUUAAAAAAUGUGCAGAGUGUGUUCGCAAGCUGUGAUUGAACAAACUGGGAAUUUUCUGUUGUCUCUGACAAAAACUGCUAGAAGACCCAAUGCAGUUCUUCUAAUCUUCUGAGCUAGCAUAGGGACACCUACAGCGGUCAGUAUGCAGGCUCAUGUGUAACAGGCUUCAGAAACAAAUAAUAGUUUGAGGGCAGGUUUAACUGGCUGCAUAGAAGAGAAACAUUAUCAGAUCUCUUUUGUUAAUCUUUAUAUCUCUUAAAACUGUUUACACAAAGAAAUUUGCAUAUUGUUGACAAUAGCUUUCAAAUAUAAUACUCAAGCCAUGUAUCUCUGUUUAAUAAGCUGAGACACCUUUUGCUCAUCUACGCGGUUCCUUCCUAGUGUGAGGAAACCUACCAGUUUCCCAUUUCAUCCACGCAGGAAGCAAUGGCUGCCACAUUUGAAUAGGUCAGGAUAUUAAAACAUAUCUUAAUAUGUUUAAUUUUAAACCUAGUUUAAUAUCCGGAGUUUCUUGGAAUCUGGUAACCAAAGCUUCCUAGUUUGGAUGAAAUCAGAAGCUAUAGUUAAUUAGAGGCCUUCUGGUUUGAUUGUUUGUGCUAAAAAGGAGCUGUGUCAUUGGGAAAAGGUUCACUGACAUUUUGGUUUAACAAGUCAAUGAUGGUCAGAUCUGGGUCUGUCAUGUCAUAUUUGCUGGAAAUGACUACUCUUAUUUCUAAUAAAACAUCAUGGAGAACCUUAACUGCUACCGCUGUGUGUAGUUUUAAAACCACAACACAUCAAAGGUUCUCAUUCUAGACUGGUGUUUCAAGAUUUGGUGCCUGCAGACUGUACAUUACAGUGGUGCCUCGCAAGACGAAAUUAAUUCGUUCCGCGAGUUUUGUCGUCUUGCAAUUUUUUUCGUCUUGUGAAGCACGGUGUCGGGAAAGUUUUGGAAAAGCUUCAAAAAUCACCAAAGUCUGAAAAAACCUCAAAAAAAAGGCUACCUCACCGCGUUCUAUGAGUUGCUCCUCGAAGUCAAGUCGCAACUGUAUUAACGGUGUUAAGCAAAGGAAACAAACUUGCAAGACGUUUCCGUCUUGCGAAGCAAGCCCAUAGGGAAAAUCGUCUUGCGAAGCAGCUCAAAAAACAAAAAACCCUUUCGUCUAGCGAGUUUUUUGUCUUGCGAGGCAUUCGUCUUGCGAGGUACCACUGUAUAGUGUCAACAAGUUUCUAAUUGCUUUCAGUCCCACAUACUACCUUUGAUAAACACAAACAACUGUGAAAAGGCAGUAUAAAUAUCAAAUAGUGGCCUAACAUAAUAUUUUUUGCAACACAAAUUGAUAUAUUUCUUGUAAACUGCUUACAAUUGUUCCAGGAUAUUUCCUGUGUGUGUUUGGUUUGUCUGAAUUAUAUUACUGCAUUAUUAAGUAUAAAAAUUUAAACGAGUGGUACUGAUUAAUUCUUGUGUUUAAAAUAUUCCUAAAUUAGCUCAAUGAAGUUUUUAUUAGCUGCUGAUCUGGCCUACAUUUCAGUUUUUCUUCCUUGAGUACAGUGCUUGAUCAAAACACUUUAUUGGCACUAAACCCAUAAUGUCAAUAGCCUUAAAUAUAAGUAGAACAUGCAAGAGCAGAUACUAAAUUUAUUAACAAAUUAUUUACAACAGAAAAGUUACCUUGUCAAUUAUAUUUUCUAUUUUUCCUUCUUCUACAGACUUCUUUAUAGUUUGGGCCGUUUCAGCAACUGACUCAGAUAUCUUUUUUGUGGCAGUAGUGGCAAAACUGAAGAGAUAACCUUUUGGAAAUAAAACAAUUAAAUUUUUCUUUAUUACAAAGUCCUUAAGAUAUGCUGCAUGAUCACCUACUAUAGCCUUACAGUCAGUCAUUCAGUUCUUCCAAUUCCUAGAACAGUGUGGUCUAAUGUGCAGGCCUUGAGGCAUUUUUGGUAGCCCUCAGCAACAAUUCACACCCCCAUACCCGCUUUGCCUUGUGCUGCAUUAGCAAAGCCAGGUGAGGGAUGGGCUUUGGUAAGGUAGUGUGAGGGCUCUGACAGGGUCCUAGAGCCCUCCCCUCUCCUUCCCAAAGCCUGGUACCUUGCCAGGGGCGAACUUUGGUCUUUCAAAUUUCAGCAGUGCCCUAUGCGAGGCCAAAAUUUGGCACGCCCAGUCUUCUUGAUUUUAAUUUUGCUCAGUUCACUACAUCAUAGUUGCAAUACCCUGCAGUGCCCCUAGGCUCAGUGCCAACGGCGGCUGAACUGGCCAUGCUGCCCUAAAUCCACCUCUGGCCUCACCCAGCUUUGGGAAUGCAGCACAAGGACUUGGGGGUGUCAAAUUUUUGCCUCUCCCCCCAUGUGAUAAGGCAGUGUGCGGCCUGUGGGCUCUGUGCCAAAGCACUCUUGCGGCCCACUUGAUAUGAAAAGUUGGACCACCCUGUCCUACAAAAACACAUGAUAUUGAUGCACAGGCCACAUUAAUUUCCAUCUACCUAUUUGUGUGUGUGGCAGAUGUGAGGAAUUCUGGACUGCGCAUCUUGUACAGUGGGAAAGAGCAAUGUGUAUUAUGUAAAAAUUUAAGGUAACAGUACCUUUUCCAAGAUGCUGCAUUUGAAGCUGUUCUAAAGUACACAGCAAUAGAAAAGGAAUCCAUUAUGAAGACAAUCUGUUUUGCAGACAUAAAAAGCUAACAUUUAUUUGUAUCACUGAUAACCUAAUGCCUUAUUUUAGCUGGAUUUGUUGUUACAUUUAGAAAAAUCUAACUACUCCGGAAUUAGUGCUUUACUGCUUACUAACCAUUCCUCAGUUGUAAUUUAAAGUCAGUUGUGGUAGUUUCUAUUAAAUUCAAAGCAAAUAAUGACAAUUUAGUAAAGCUCAAAAUGUUGAUAGAGAAAUCUAGUUAUGUUCAGAGAAGUCACAUACUACUUUUAAUAACUCAAGCGGUAUCAUUAUUGCAAAUUGGAAAGGACCAACAGGGCUUGCAUAAAGAUACAGUACUGUUAUUUCCCUUUAAUAACACAUCCAGAGACCAUAAUUUUGAAGUCUUCCUAUUUUUAAAAAGAGUCAUACCCCACCAAACCACAGAAAACACUAGGCACAAAGCUGACACCCCACUGUUUUUGUUAAUGUCACUUAUGUUUUAAGAUGUAUGGAACUGUAACGGAACAUAUCUGUUUUAAAGAAAUAUCCACAGCAUUGCAUUUCUUGAACCUUUUCUAGUGUCCCUGAAAGAGGUGAGCAAUUUGCGUUUUUCUCGUGCUUAAAAGAUGCAACUCUUUAAGAGAUGUUGGGGUGCUCACUGAAGGAGAAGCAAUAAUUUCAAAAGGAAGUUUGCUCAGAAACAAGGCCCGCAGAAGUGGGCGAAGCUUACUCCCCGAGUACUCGCACAUAGGACUACUUAGCUGCAACCCACAAUCCAUACUAACGGAAGCAACUUCCAUGGAGUAAAACAGGCUACAGGCUGCUGCUUUGAAAGCCGCACUUAGGUUGGCAGUAAUCCCUAGUGAGCACACUCCUGCGAAGCUCCACGCUGCGCAAGUGCACGUCCAGGGGGGCUUAGCUCCAAGCAACUGCGAAGAGGGUAUCUGAGCAGGUGUCUUGCUACAUUAAUAGGGCGGCUGUGGGGGUUAGUUAUAUGAGCUGGGCUGGCUUGAAGGGACGCGAGGAAGGCCUUUGGGGAAAGGGCGUUAAAGGGGAGCAAGGGAGACACUCACUGCCCAGCCCCUUCGCCUGGUUCAGAAGCGGGUCCGAGUCCCUCUGCAGCUCCACCUGCUCCGGGCUCCGCACUGCCGCGUCCCCUCCAGUCCUCUCUUCUCCCUCUUCGGCAGCAGCAGCAACUCCGGCUUCCCCUUCGAGGAGAGGCGGCUUCUCUUCCUCGCCUUCCCGGCUCAUGCCGAACCAGCCGCUCAGGCCGCGCAGCAUCCUAGCUAAGUGGCGAAACGCCGCCCCCUUCGAGCAGGUCGCCUACUAAUGCAGCGCCAAAGCCCCGCACUCCCCACCUCUUCAACCGUUUCCAACGACUUCGCGGGAACGGCGCCCCUUCCUGAGAGCAAGGCAACGCUGUUUGUUUCCGGAAAAGGGUGCUCGGCUACUUCCGAGUUACGUCACCCUGACGCGUCACCACGGGCACCGACGCUCUAGGCUUCCUCUCCACUCCUCCAAAUGGCUUUGGCUGGGUAUAGUUAGACUGUCGCUACCGUCCGUGUGCGUUUGUUCGAAAGAGCUCCUUCCUUCGACAAUGUUAAGAUUGUUUCUUCAAAAAGAAUUUUUUGAGACUUUUUAUAUUUAUACCUUGCAUUUAUACCCCCCCAGCCUUAAAUGCAAUAUCUUUAGGCGAGCCUACGAAGAACCAGGCUGCAGCGCCUGAAAGAAUGAGGCUAGCCCGCGCUUAACGUGGGCACAGCACGGGAAUUUACUUUCAAACAAACAUGCAGAGGAUUGCGCUGUAACAUUCUGAUGGCAUAAGCUUUCAUGAAGGGAACUGAAGCCCACAAAAGUGUGUGCAUCAUAAAUACGUAAUGGUGCAACACUACGCUUGUCCGCUCAAGAUGCCCCACUUAGUUCAAUGGGACUUCUUCACAUGUGUGCAUUGGUCUGCUGCCUUAUCAGCCUUUCAGCUAUUACAACUCUCUUGCUUUUUUAUUACUGUAACAGAUUCCCUUCUGAAGGUUUUCAGCAGUGAUUACUAGUAAUCCUACAUUAAUCGUGGCUUAAUAAAUACAGCUAAUUGAAUUUCAGUUCCCAUCCUGAACAUGUUAAGGAGUACUAAUGCUAAAGGGACUAAUCAAGGCUGUCACACUAAAGUUUUGUGCCAAAAAAAGGAGUAAUUAUAACAGAGCAAAUAAUGAAAAGCACAAAUGAAUAAUUAGGUCCCAGAGUUGUCCAAAGAGAUCUUAGGAUAAACUAGCACAUGAUACAGCCAUCUCUUCAGUCCCGUAGAUUUAAAAGGAGAAUUAAAUGCAUGCUAGUAAAGCUGCAAUCUCUAUGUGCAUUUUCCAGGGAAUAGCUCCUAGUAAACUUGUUCUUGGCCAUAUAAAACAUGCAGGAUUGUGUUGCGAUCCUAUAGCUUGGUACUAAGCAUAUUAACAGUGCCCGCAGGGCUAUUGGAUGGGUGUCUGAGGGGAACUUUAGCUGACCCUGUUGCUGGACUCCAACUCCCAUAUUUCCCGUUGGCCAAUGCUCACUGAUGCUGAUGGAGUCCAACAGUAUCUGAAUGGCCACAGGUUCCCACAUCUGUCUCAAGGUAAUAACUGAGUAGCUGAAUAUUCAAAAAUCAUAUAUUUGCCUUUAGUGUAGGCCAAGGGACAAUAUUAUAAAGCAGACAUCUGCUAUGGACUCCUAGGUCUUUGCAAAUCAUUCAGCCUCUUUUGUAAAAAUGGGCCUUAAUACACUUCUAGUCCACUCCUGCUUCUUCCCUGGCGAGGAGGGGGCACCAUUUUGUCAUUCGCCUCAUGUGCCAAAAUGUAUUGAGCUGGCCCUACGUAUUAAUUUUGUGGGCCAAAAAACUCCGACACAGGUGGCAGGCAGCCUGUGGCACUGGUACUCCAUAAGUGGCAGGAGCAGCUGAAGGUAGUCUUGGGGACCUGGUUAUGGUGCGAAGCCAGCCCUCCUCCUUCCUUGCUGCCUACCUGUCACCUCAGUCACCCACAGAUGUGAUUCUUUCAUCACUGUGCAUGCGAAUGGUGCACAAAUCUGCCCUGUGGGCAAAUCUGGCGGCUCGCAUGCAUGAUAGAAAGCGAGUGUCAUUAUUAACAGGUUACAGGUAGGUAGCUGUGUUGGUCUGCCGUAGUCGAAACAAAAUAAAAUAAAUUUAAAAAUUCCUUCCAGUAGCACCUUGGAGACCAACUAAGUUAGUUAUUGGUAUGAGCUUUCGUGUGCAUGCACACUUCUUCAGAUACACUGAAACAGAAGUCACCAGACCCUUAUAUAUAGUGAGAGGGUGGGGAGGGGUAUUACUCAGAAGGGUGGUGGGAAUGGGUGGAGGCAAACGGCGCUGCCUCUGUGCGCGUGCAGAGCGCAUUCCCCCUCAUUCCUUCUGGGGUUAAGAAGGCAGGACUUCUGCGCCUCAGGGACCCGUUUUCCUUUCCUGAAGGGAAAAAACAACAGCGGCUGGCCUUGAGAGUUUUGAGCCCCCCCCUCUAGCGGCCGCUCGGGAUAGGGCUCCUGCGAAAGCGGCCGUCUCCUUGCAACCAGGCGGCAGGGAGGGGGCGGCGCCGGCCGGGGAACUUGGCUGCGACGCCGACGCCGCUUCUAGGACUGCGCCGGGCGCAGGUAAGCGGCCUCUCGGGCCUCCCCACCAGGGCGAGCGCGCUGGCUCUCCUGAGCGACCACGGGAGGCCCCCGCGGCGGCGGCGGCAGGAGGAGGAGCGCCGGCCAAGUCCCUCUCCCGCCCCCUGGGGCGCAGUGGGCGCUCCGUCCCGCGGCCAUGGCGGCUGGCUCCUCGGGGCUUGGUUCCUAGAGCAGGCAAAGCAAAGCUUCGGGCCUCCUCCUUGCUUAGAUCCCUCCUCUCCGCGACUGCGAUAACAGGUGCAGGAUUCGGGUUCCGUUCGUCAGCUACCUACCGCCCGCACUCAAUUCCCGGGAAGGGGGAUCUUUUAAUACGCCACACUUUAUAGAGUCCCUUCCAGAGCGAGUUUAUUUAUUGAUUGCGUUUAUUGCUCCGCGGUUCGCCCUCCAAACAACCCUGCGAGGUAGGUUGACCUGGGAGAUUGCGAUUGGCCCAGCCGUUGCCGUGUCCCAACAGUACAACCGCUGCACUAUUAUACAUGGUUGUUUAGCUUUGGCGCUCUUAAAAAAAGUGCAGUGCUGUGCCACAAAACAAGUAUUUAUUUGUUAAUAAAUAAUUCGUUGCAAGGGUGGAUAAUUAAAACACUGGAAGGAUGCAUCUGGAAGGCCUCAUCCCUGGCAUUGGCAGCUGUUCCCUAGGAUGCCAGAUAAGUGUUUUUACCAGAGAUGCCAGGGAUUAGACCUGAGACCUUCUGCAAGCAAAGCAUAUGCUCCACCACUGUCCAUUUAGCUCAGUAUUUUGCCUUCCGCAAUGCAUCAUGUACAAGAACAAGAGUACUGUGCGUGGACCCUUUGGAGUUACCUUGUUCAGGGUUUUAGGGAUCCAGCCAUACCUUCUUUCAGAAUUCUCCAUUCUGUUGCUCCCAAUCAAGUUUAGCAAUCUGUGGCCCCUCACCAUACGCAGUCCUCAUUGAACUGUUAUGUUUUCCCCCACCACUUUAACGUUUAUUGUUAAAAAGAUUUUUUUCUACUAUUGUAAGCUUUGAGGCACCCUCUCUCUUGUUUCUCAUUAGCCCAGUUUUGGCUACAUAGCUGUCAAUAACUUAGCACCUAAAUUUGUUGAUUGUCGAUAUGAUUCCUGUCAUUAGGAAUACUCUGAACAUCAUAGUGCCUUCUUGGAUACUCUGCCUUGUUGCUGGUGAUGUUGAAGAUCCUGUCUUUAGGCAUUUCUCUGUCCUUCCUUGAACCUAUUUAUAUUGCUGUCUUCUGGUGUCAGUGAAGAAUUUUAGAACAACAUAAAUUUCACAGGGAGUUCCAUGAAAAGCGUGAAAAACACUUUUCCAUAUUGAAAAUAGCUCCAGCUUUUCUUCUUUUUAUGGGGAAAUACAUAGUAUUUCAUAAGUUCACUUUUAACUCUUCAUUUUUAGAUUUCAAGCUCAAGUACCACAGUGUAUCCAUAAUUAUCCCAUGAAGUACAUCCUGGUAACUGGUGGUGUCAUCUCAGGCAUUGGUAAAGGAAUUAUUGCAAGCAGCAUAGGCACCAUCUUGAAAUCAUGCGGUCUACGGGUUACUGCAAUCAAAAUAGAUCCUUACAUUAACAUAGAUGCUGGAACCUUCUCGCCAUAUGAACAUGGUACGAGUGUCACAAAUGUCUUUUCCCUGCAAAUUUGGUUGCAUUCCUUUUUAUUGAGAAAUUGAUCUCUCUUUUUUGGAAUAUGAAGCUGUGAAAUGUCCGAUAUAGUAGAGACUUAAGUAUUGUAUUUAUGCAUGACUGUAGAAACAGAAGUCAUGCUGAGUUCAAUGAGGUGCCUAAAACUGCAAUCCAAUGCACAUUUAACUAGGAGUAAGUCUCAUUGAACUCAGUAGGACUUAUGUCUCAGUAAACACACUUAUCUUGCAUUUCUCUCAGUUAACUGCCCAGUGUGAUAUCUAACAUGUGUUUAUCUUGCAUAGGAUUGGUUCACAUUUGUUAGGAUCUAGUUCUCUGCUCCUGCCAGUCCUCCUACAUCAUUACCCAUCUUGUGUCCUCCUGCACUGGGUUUUUUCUGAGAUAUCUGAACUGUCUAUAGAUAUUUCUGAAUUGGAUUUGGUCUCUGCAGAGUUUCUGGAUUCAUGACAUAUGAGAAUUAGGGGAAGGGGGAGGCAUUGCUCUUGCUUUAAUUAUCACUAGUAACCUCUGAUCCAGCCUAAGCCUGCAUAACUUUUGAUGUUGAUGUAGACCAGUUAUAUAUUGUCAUACAUUUGGGGGGAGAGGAGAGACCCCCCCUAAACCCAGGAAAUUAAUGAAUGUCAGAAUCUAGUUAAUAUUUGUACUACUGAAUGGAAGAUUUCAGGCCAGUGGAAAAAUGCAGGCUAAGCUUCCUUUCCAAGCAAGGGCCUUGCCUGGGCUAGAGAGGUUAACAUGACAAAGGGUGUUGAUGACCCACAUCCAAGAGGAAUCCUUGGGCCUGGGCAGACAGGAGUUGCUUAUAUGACGGGGGGGGGGGGGCAGGUUGUACUCAGAGGAAAAAUGUUCCUGUAAAAGACUAGAUUUGGAAUAGCAGAUGGAUGAGGAGGAAUUAUUUGGGCAAGAGGUGUGCUGGGAAGGAGAGCAAAGGCAGAUCCAUCUUGGUAGACUGGCUGAACGCAGGCUGGGAGAGAUGCCUUGGAGUCCAGUGUUGCAGUGCUGUGGGGAACAAACCCCUCUUGAGAUGACCAUGCUGUAAGAUCUGAACUCCCUCCAUCCAAAUUCAGGUAUAAAUAUGCCACAUCUUGAUUCUCAGCAGAAACACAAACCCGUGGUGAGCACCUGGAACCCCCUGUAAUCUUGCUACCACUCAGCAGAGUUUGGGGGUUGGCGUGCCACCUAUGUAACAGUAUAAACAGGAGUUAGAUUUAAAGCACCAGAAAGGUAUGCGGGUGGGUGAUUCUGAACCUUGGCCUCACUCGCCCCCAAUGACUUUUUCUUUCAGCCAGGAUCACUUUUACUAUUUGAGCCUGUUUGGAGGAAAGGUCUCCCAGAGUUUGAUGAACUUUGGGAGUAGCUGAUGGGGAAAGUUCAGUAUCCCCCCCCCCCAUGUGUUCCUUUUGCAUUAUAAAUCAAGUGUUUUCCACUAUUGAGGCCAGUCCAUAUUUGAAGACAGAUCUAUCACAAUCAUGUCUAAUUUGGGCCUCUGUUUUCUAUGUGGUUCUAACCAGGUUUACUAGAAUAACUGGGACUUCUGAACUAAUAUAAUCUUGCUGAUAUAAGAAAAGGAAAUAACUUGCAGACAGAGGUUACAAGGACAUAGCUACUAAGAUAGAAUGACUAAUUUGUAGGAUUUUUAUUCUCAUACAUUACAGGGUAAUUAAUUUGAGAUUUAUUGUUAAGAAUCUCAGCAGCAUAGAAUCACUCAAAAGAGCUGGCUGUAAAAUGUGAUGCAUUUUAUAUUAGACCUAAUGUAGUAGGUGAAUUUUUAACAGUAGCCUUUGGCACUGACAUCUGUGACAUACGAUUUCUGGUAGAGGUAGCUGACCAUGGUAAUGCAGAUCAUGGAAUAUAUUUUAUGACUUAACUAAUUAUUUUUAUUUUGUAAGAGAUGAUGCAAGGUGGCCUUUCUGCUGAGCUAAUCAUUCUUUUUGUGUUAGUUAAUUUCUCCUUGACCCAAGCAUACAGGAAGAAAAUGUGUCAGGGCAUUAAGGAUAUAUGAUAGGCCCAGAACAGAAAAACAGUGUGGGAAAAUGAAAAUCCCUUUUCAGCCUCAUUCUAAUAUAUAAUGAAUGUUCAUGUAAUUUCAUGGAUUUGGAUAUUUCUACCAAAUGAUUUUUUUUCAUGAUUUUACUAAAAUAGGUGGAGUCUGUCCCUUCUCCACCUCGAAAUGGUAUUAAGAUUUCUCCAAGUUGUUUACAAUGCAUCUGCUAGUGGAAAUUAGUUUUGUUUUUAGCUUAUUUUUAACCAUUAUACAUUGCCUUUCUGCUACUAAGAAAUUACCUCCGUUCAACAUCAAUACUUUUGAAAUAUGCACUGUCUCUCUUAAAAGUAACUUGGCCUUCUGUCUUAUUUUAUGUUUUUGUGCUUCUUGUUACUUUUGUAUUGACUAUGAUUUAAAAAAAAAAAUUAACGUACUUAGAGCAGACUUUUACUUCUCUGCAUACUGAAACUAGUAAAAGCUUCUGGUUCACAGUCAGAUAUAAAAGGCAUAUUCUUUAAUUUGGACAUAUAGAACGGAUGUACUUGAAAUAUAUGUUUGUGCAUAACAUUGUGAGAUUGAAGAAUAAAUAUGUAUGUUUCACCAAAAUAUGUAAAAGCAUUAUUUGUUUGUUUAGGUGAAGUUUUUGUGCUAAACGAUGGUGGAGAAGUUGACCUCGACUUGGGAAACUAUGAACGAUUCUUGGAUAUUAACCUUUACAAGGAUAACAACAUCACCACUGGAAAGAUCUAUCAGCAUGUCAUCAAUAAAGAAAGGCAUGGAGAUUACAUGGGAAAAACAGUUCAAGGUGCUUUAUCAUAUUCAUAUUCUGCCCUCCCUUCCUCCGUCUGUCGUCAUCCCAAUUUAUCUUGUUGACAACAACCCCCAGGUGUUAGAUUAGACUGAGAGAUUGUGAUUUGGCCAAGGCCACCCAGUGAUCUUUGAGCAGAGGCUUAAUCAUAGGACUUCCACAUCCAAAGUCUUCAGUCAUCUUCAUAUGGGUUAGUUUAGUGUCUCAUAACCAAAGUGUGGUAUAAUUGCCAAAAGUUUUUUUAAAAUUCUUUAUUUAUUAGCUUAGUGUUCAAAACACACACCUAAUGUAUUUGACUGAUGAAAUAAUCUUUGCAGGGCUGGCAUUCCACUGUUGCCAUAUUUAUCUCUGCGAUACUGUUUUCUUAUUUAAAUGCAUAACCUUUCCUGGAUGGCAAGUAGCAAUAAAACUGUUCAAAAUGUUGAAAGCAAAUGACGACGACGUAUGUACAGUAUUUACAGAGGCAUGUUUUAAAAAUCUUAUGCAGAAGUGUUCAAACCCACUUUACCAGUGUUUCUAAUAGUAUAGAACUAGCCGAAAUUGGGUGAGUUCCAACAUUUCACUAGCUGAUACUGUGGGACUUCUCAUUCCUUUUCUCCCUGCUGAAUCACCCUGUUAGCUUUCCCCCAGGUUGUUUCAGACAGUCCCCCAACCCUCUAAGCAUAUUAUUUCCUCCCUCCUAAAGAGGAAAUCAUGUUUGUGCAAGUAGUAGUCUGUCGCACAAGUGGGAUGCUACUCCUAGAUAUCAUCCGUUGCAUUUGUACUUUAUUUUCACUUCAUUUAUUCUUUUUUACUUUGGAGUUGUUGAGGGACCUUUUCAGAUUCAUAUAUGAAAGGAAUUUGCUAUAGCUUUAAAUGCUAUCUUUUUAUUCUAAUUUAAUUGGAUUGCCUGAUUUUUACUUGGAACAGAGUUGUAUCUUGUCAUGCAUUUUUCACCUUUUCUAGCAUUACCAUUUGGUUUCCCUUGCAGUUGUCCCACAUAUUACUGAUGCUGUUCAAGAAUGGGUAAUGAAUCAGGCAAAGGUUCCUGUGGAUGCUGAUAAGAAAGAACCACAGAUAUGUGUAAUUGAGGUAAGUAAGAAAUUGUGUGAAAUAGUGGAUAAAGACAGGGUUUGUUUUAUAAUGUGAAUUGCAGUCCAAUUUCCUCAUUGGUUUUAUUCUGUCAUUCUAAAGCUACUUUUAAUAACUGCAAGGAAAUAAUUAUUAAACAAUCAUUAUUUAUUGCUAUUACGUAUGUGGGUUGCAUUACAGAAGCAGUUGUCAUUAUCUGUCAAUAGCUACUUCUCAUUGACCUAUGUUAUUUUUGGCACUCUGCAUAAGAUGGUAGUUCUUUCCUUUUUUUAAAAAAGCAACACUAAACUAAAAUUGAAGCAUAUAGAGGUGAUAUAAGUCAAUUUCCUUUCGUGUUGCUCCAACUAGUUGACUAUAGAUAUUCCUUUUCAGCUGGGUGGAACUAUUGGAGAUAUUGAAGGAAUGCCUUUUGUAGAAGCUUUCCGACAAUUUCAAUUUAAGGCCAAAAGAGAGAACUUCUGCAAUAUCCAUGUCAGCCUUGUACCACAAGUAUGUCAUUUUUAUACUCUAUUGUGCAUUAUUGUUUUACACAUCUAAUUUUUUGGGGGAAAUAUUCAUAUAGGGUAUUUUUAAGGACCGUGAAUAAUGAGCAAAUUACAUUAACUUGGUGAUAGAUGCGCUGAUACCUGUUCAUCCUAUUCUCACCCUAGGUUUGGUUGCGAAAAAUAUAGUAUCUUUGGGGGAAGGUUUGAGAAGCUAAACAUUUAUUACAACUGGUGAAAUAGAAUAAAACCUAAACAUUUUAGAUGGAUGGCACUGAGCCUUAUAACAGAUUUUAAGCAAUCAUUUAAUAUAAAAUAAUCCAUUAGCUAUAGACACGUUACUCUGUUUGAAGAUAUGCUUUAGGAAAUCUGGGAGACUGUAUGACUUCUUUUUAGAGAAGUCCAACAUGGGUCUGUGGCUUCAUACUAAUGAGACAAAGUAGUGUACAACUCUUACUGUGGAUGUUUGUGCUCAGGCAACCAUAGAACAAGUCAUUAAAGCAGAGAAAUAGCUACUUUAGUGGCUUCCGGGCAUAUUAAUAUAGUUGCCUAUCAGAUUUUAAUUUUGCAAUGGCAGUCAAUGGCACAAAACAUUUAUUUUUCAGCCUAAUGCUACCGGAGAGCAGAAAACAAAGCCUACUCAGAAUAGUGUCCGGGCUUUAAGAGGGCUUGGCCUUUCUCCUGACUUGGUGAGUUUGAUAAAAUUUUACAAUACCAUGUUAGAAUGGAAGCCCAGUAUAAAGGUAGCAAUAUAACUCAGGCAGCAGGAGUGACUGGUUGGGGUGGCGGGCAUUACGACAUACCUAGUCUCUCUUUAGCAUCGUCACUGCACUUAUCAAGAGGUUGUUUGUGAGAGAUGGCAGGGAAGUUGGCACAGUGGUGGAUCCAGUCCACCAGCUGCUCCUGUCAGGUUUGAGUAGGAAUGUGUUCAAUAAAAUCAUGAAAAUGUGUUCAGAAUCCAAAUACUUUGUUAAAUGUUUAGGGAAGCUUUUAAUGUUUGAUGUAUUACAGUAUUUUAAUAUUUUUUUUGGAAGCCGCCCAGAGUGCCUGGGGAAGCCCAGCCAGAUGGGCGUGGUAUAAAUAAAUUAUUAUUAUUAUUAUUAUUAUUAUUAUUAUUAUUAUUAUUAUUAACAUAGCAAUGUAUUCUUUGAUGGAACAGGUAAUAUGCUAAUGGAAUGUUAAGCUAGGUGUCCAGUUGAUCACACAACUUUAUGUUUCUUUCUGUGCCUGUUUGGUUUUCCACCUAUUAUACUUCAUGCUUAAUCCUGGGGAAGUUAAGUACCUUAAACAGACACGCAUAUAAGUUUUCUACUUGAAGGGCUUGCCUUAAAUCUUUGGCUGUGCAUAUUGCUUCAGAUCUGGACUUCACUCCCUUAGGCGUGUUGUGUGAGUAGAGUUCCACUAGGGGGUAAUUCUUGUCCUGGAAUGGUGAGGUGUGAGCAGGCAACAUUUGCCGAUUUACUCAUCACUCUGCAGCCCCAGCGACACCUCACAGCAUGUCUCCAUCCACAAAAUAUUUCCAUCGGGUAGAAAGAGCUUUUCCACAUGUGGAAGGCAAAUUCUGGAUCCAAUCUGCUUUGCUUAUUUAUUAGUCAGUGAACCCCCUCCCCUCCAAAAAAAGGGAACACAUAUUAUUGAAUGUUCUCUGGCAAAAGUACAAGACCUGCAAGCGAGGCCCCAGUAUAUAGACGUUUAACAUGUCCAUUUAUUUCAAUCAGAAAAGCUCUUAACAUGGAGGCAAUUUGUGUAUCCCCUGCUCAUGCAGAGCAGCUCAUUGUAGGGCAGAAAAAGAAACUUAUAAUCGUUUAGAUUAUAAGAUGCUAUUGUUUGACUGUACGUUGUUCAAUGGGAGUGUGUUUUUUCUUCCAUGGAAAACAGGACAUUUAAACAUUAUGUUAAUUAUUUAAAUAAAUAAAAAGGAGGAAGAUGUUGGUCUUUUUGCAAUUUGUGCUGCUUAUCUGUAGAUUUGUAUUUUUGACAGAUAGUCUGCAGAAGUACUAAACCUAUAGAAAUGGCUGUGAAAGAAAAGAUUUCCAUGUUUUGCCAUGUGGAACCUGAACAGGUUGGUAAGGUCUUUAACAGUCACAGUUGUUCUAAUGUCUGCAAUCAUUUUCUAGGUGUUUUAUUUUUAGUUCAUGUGACGGAGUAUGUGGGACAUUGGAGGCAGGUUGCGGGGGACAAACAGCAGCUCAUUGAGAUAAUCAAAAAGUAAAUAGUUAUUUUCAGGAUUCCUUUAUUCUGUAAUUUAUAAUAAUUUAUAUGCAUUAUACUACAUGCAGUAAUAUAGGCUACAAACCUAGCUCUGUUUGUCUGGGAGUAAUCCUCCUUGAAUUCAGCGUGAUUUACGGAAGCUGUACGCCGGCUCCCUCGGCCAAUAAAGCGAGAUGAGCGCCGCAACCCCAGAGUCAGUCACGACUGGACCUAAUAGUCAGGGGUCCCUUUACCUUUACCUUUUUAAUCAGGUGAUUGUGCUGUUCAUCACUAGGACAAUCAACUUAUUCAGAAAUCAGACUCCCAUUACAUCCCAGCAGAGGUCAGUGUUGCAUUCUUAGACAAGCCUGCAGAUUACAAAUUUACUAUUCAAAGUUGUCUAACCAUGAAAUGAAAACAGAUUCAUGAGCUCCCUCCCGCCCCGCCAGUGCAAUAGUUUGUUUAGAGGCUGAUAACUCAAAGGAAGAGGUGACAUAAUAGAAAUUUAUGAAAUUAUGCGUAGCACGGAGAAAGUGGAAAGAGAAAAGUUUUUUCCCCUCUCUUUUAAGACCAGCACUCACUCUCCUACGAAGCAAAGAUGGCUUUAAAAGAGGAUUAGACAAAUCCAUAGAGGAGAGGGUUCUCAAUGGCUACUAGCCAUAUGACCACGCUCUACCUCCUCAGAUGGAGGCAGCAAUGUGUCUCAGUACCACUUGCUGGAAAUUGCAGGAGAGAAGAGUGCUCUUGUGCUCAUGUUCUGCUCCCUGGUUUCCCACAGGCAUCUGGAUGGCCACUGUGAGAACAGGAUGCUGGACUAGACAGGCCAUUUGGCCUGAUGCAGCAGGCCCUUUAUAUGUUUGAUAGAAAAUUAUGCCUUCUCAAUGCAAGUUAAAAUACUGGACCCAUCAGAUUUCCCCCCCCAAUGUGGGUUUGCAGGAAGUGCAAUUGUUUAGCGUUAAAAAUAAUAAUGCAUAUUGGAUGGCCAGUAUAUUACAAGCUUAUUUGCGGUGCAGUGUUACACAUGAGUACUCAGAAACCUGGGGUCCAGAACAAUCACAAGCUUUAAGAAAGAACAAGUAUUAGUUCCAGCUUGCAUUGGUUCAAUGCAACGUGCAGCACCUUUGAGCUCGUCUCCUCGCAUUGGGUUUGCUUGGUGUGAUGUGUGAAUCAGGCCUUUGUGUUUAGAUUAUCUGUGUGUAUGUUGCACUAGGCACCAUAGCAGAAGAGCCAUGUAUCAGAUUCAUUUGGGGCACUUUUUAAUGAAUUAAUUGAACUGAUUAAUUAAUUAAAAUGAUUACGAGCUAGCUUUAAAGUAUUUUCUUCCUUUUUAGCAAGAUUUUUAAAUAGCUAUAUGAUUGUAUAUGAUUUGUAUGGAUGUACUGUAUCUUUCAAUUCUAAGUUUCACGUAUCAGUAAUUUAAAUUUUGUGUUUCAUAGGUAAUAUUCAUCCAUGAUGUUUCUUCCACUUACCGAGUGCCUCUUCUGCUGGAAGAGCAAGGGAUAAUUAAAUAUUUUAAAGAGAGGCUGAAUUUGCCAAUUGAUGACCAGCCAAGUGAUCUUCUUUUCAAAUGGAAGAAAAUGGCAGAUAGGUACUGUUCUUCUGUUUCUUCUUCUUCUUCUUCUUUUUACUGUGCACCUGCAAAUCUAUUUGCCACAGGGUAGCGAAUAACACAAUAUGCAAGCAUAAUUUUAAUGAUAGUCCAAAAUCUCCCAUUUGAGACAGAGCACUUUGCCCUGCUUAUUGGCUGGAGCCUAGUUGUAAUAGACGUCUUAGCAAUCUGAAUUUACAGCGCUUCAGAUUAUGUUUUUCCAUGUGUUUUUUUUUUAAAAAAACCAUAUAUAAGAAAUAGUUAUUUAGACCAAAGGUAAUUCAAGUUUAUAAGUGGUUUAGUGACUUACUAAAUAUAAGAAAAAAUAUCUCCCCCCUUCCUUGUGGAAAUUUGCAAAUUGAUUGAUCUUUUGUAUUGUCAGGUAUGAAAGGAUGUUGAAGACAUGUUCUGUAGCUCUGGUUGGCAAGUAUACAAAGCUGAGUGAUUGCUAUACCUCUGUUUUCAAGGCCCUAGAACAUUCAGCCCUCGCAAUUAACCACAGACUCAAUUUAAUGGUGAGGACUUACUGUAUUUUUCCAUGUAUAAGAUGACCCCCCUUUUUUAAAACCCAAGAUUUAAGAAGUCUUAAGUCUCCCUAGGCAACUGUGCGUGCUUCCUAUGUUUCUCCAAUGCCGCCCGCCAAGCAAAGGGGUGGGGCAAGCCCAGGAUUCACUUUCCUUACAGUGCUCCAGUUGCUGCCCUUAACCUUGCAUGGUUUGCAGCAUUGCGCUACCCAGCACCCAUGUGUGUGCGAGAGAGAGUGGCACAUGCAUCUAGGGAGGGGGGAAGGAGAAGGAGGAGGCAACACUUGCGGGGAGCUGCGCCUGCCUCCCAUGUGGAAACCUGUCUUUGGUGGCGGAAGCUUUCACUGCAGCUGGGAAGAUCAAGGAAAUCUUGGUCUCUGUGUUGCUGAAAGAGAGGGGCUGUAUUUUUCCGUGUAUAAGACAAUCUAACAUAAUUUAGCAAAAAAAUAAUAAUCAUCUUAUACAUGGAAAAAUAUGGUACCUUGCUUCCGUUCUUUGCAUUCUCAUUCCUUACCUAAUAGCUAGGCUUUCACUUCAUGAAUAUUGCUUAGAAAUAAAGGAUAAGUUGAUUAUAACUUAAUGGGCAUAGAACUAUGGCGUGACUUAAACAUGAUGUUCAUUUUGAAAAACGAUGCAGUAAUUCCCUUAACUGAAUUUUGUUCAUUAAGAAAGGAAUUGCACACAUUUAACAAAUACUAAGGUGGAUAUUUGUUGACUUCAUUAAUCCUAUUUGCAGCAUUAAGUACUAAGACAUUGAUUUAACAUACGACUAGGAAUAUCCAUUUACACUUACAAUUUUUCAACUGGCUAAUCUACUUUAGGUGUAAGUGUUCUGUGGACUGUGGUUUUAACUCUGCACUCCUGUGUUCCCCAGGAGAGCAUUUCAGUAUUUAUAGGAAACAUCAGAUCUCACUUUCCAAAGCAGUAAAGAGAGUUCAGAGGGAAGAGGGGAAUAUUCAGUAUUGGAUUACUCCUCCCCAUAGAAACGUCUGUGGCCUGUAGCUGCAGUGUCAGUAGUGUCAAUGGGAUGUAUGCCCUGCGAGGACCAGAGGAAGAUUUGGAUCCAAAAGAUCCAGCGACUUCUCAAUCCCCCACCGCAGCCCCAAACAAGGAGAUCAAACUAUGCCAGCCUUGGAGCAUUUAUGUGAAGUAUUGAUAGCAGCAAGCUUCUGCAUUUUACAGGCUUUCUUUGGCUGCAUGUGCCUGGCACAUAACCUAAGCAGGAUCUCACCCCCACUCAUCAGCUAAUUGCUAUUGGGAACAGGCCCCUGCAGCCAAUGCAAAAUUGAACCCUGCCCUCCCUCCCCCCAGCUGAUGUCAUGGGUGAUAUCAGCUGAUUGACAGGUGGGUGUGGUUUGGGGGGAAAUGGUUUCACAGGCCAAACUGGACCCCCUAAUGGUUCAAGCUUGUCCUCCAGGCUGAAAGUUCCUCCACACCUGCCUUUUCAUCAUUUGGAAAAACAAAAAAUGUAAAAUAACUGCUUAAGGCAUUUUCUAUCAGAAAGUUAAAAGGGAAUAUAGUGAUACAAGAUAGUUUUGUAGCAUAGCAAAGCUUUCAUGUUGUUUAAAUUACAGCAAUCCUAGUCAUCUAUGGAAAAAAGUAUGUACCAUUCUGAGGCGAUGGUAUUUUUCAUGUAUUCAGUUUUUUCCCCAUUGGAAAUGCCUAUAGUUUUUUCAUUAGUUAUAGAGUAUGAAGAUCAUUAUAUGAAAAUAAUUGUAUUGUCUUACACAUGAAUGUGAAUGUGUAUGUGCUUUCUUAAUUAGUAUAUAGAUUCAACAGACCUUGAAAAUAAUACAGAGGUUGAGAAUCCAGUGAAAUUCCACCAAGCCUGGCAAAAACUAUGCAAAGCAGAGUAAGUGAUGGUCUAGUUCUUAACCUCAAAUAAUUUUAAAAGUUUCCAGUUUCAAUACCUUGUUGCCUUAUAAUUUCAAGUGCUUGAUUUUGUUAGUUUAUUCCUUUGCAAAUAUAUUGUACAAAGACACGUAGAUUUGUUAAAAACUCACAUUAGCCCUUAAGCCAGGGCUUUCCAAACUUUUCAUGUUGGUGACACACUUUUUAGACACACGUCAUUUCACAACACAGUUAUUCAGUUUUACCAGCAAACUGAAGAUUAAACUAACCCCUUUCUAGCCCCUGGGAGGAGCACAGGGUGUGUUCACGCGACAUACCUACACACUGCAGCUGACACAGUAGCAGACCGCGACACACAGUUUGAAAAGCUCUGCCUUAAGCAUUGGGAUGCCUGUAUUUAGAGCUUAUCCAUGCUGAACUGAUACUAUGAUUCUGAACAUGUUAAUUUAAAGCAAACUUUCUGCAAAACUUACAAUUUGUUCUGAGACUCUUAAUAGGCACAUAAAAUGCCAUGUAGACAUGGAAUUUUAAAACUGAACACUUGACAAAUGUAAUGUUGAUGGGCUGUUAAGAGAUAACAAGAAGGAUGGCUUAAACUGAUUGCAAAUGCCUUGUGUUUUAAUAUAUGCCUAGUCUAGUUUGUUUUGCACAAAUUUGUCAAAUGUCAUAAAUUAAAAUAAAACAAAUGUAUUUUAAAGUGUAUAUUUUCAUUGAAAUAUAGUGGGAGCCUUUCUGAAUGCUUCCACUAUUUCAAGUUUACAAUUCAAAGCACCGGCUAGGAUUCAUAAUGUGUGCACACUGUACACUUCGGCAUUUUGGUCUGUAAUUUGUGACCUGAAACUCUGGAGUAACUUGAAUAAUUUGGUGAAUGUUUAUAGAGAUUUACAGUAUUUGAAGCAGAACUGAUUUGCUGUAUGGUGAUUAUGAUGUAUUUGUACUGUCCAGUUUUCAUGAUGUGAAUUUAGUUGUAUCAUAGCCGUAUUACUCUUGGAUCAGAAAUCUGAACAAGCUGAAAGCUUUUGUGCACAGUGAGGUCUUGCCUCUGUUCCUGUACAUACAUGUCACCCCCCCCAAAGAAACAUGUUAAAUUAACUCGCCAUUCUAUCUUCUCAUCUACUGCUGUGUUUGCAUUUUGUAUUUUAUUCCAGUUGUAUAUUAGUUCCUGGAGGUUUUGGACAUAGGGGAACAGAGGGAAAACUUCAAGCCAUUUCAUGGGCAAGAAAAAAGAAAAAGCCUUUUCUUGGUAAGACUUCAACAUCAGGAGUGGGCCAACCUGCUCAGUCUCAUAUUUAUAAACUAGAAUCCAUCUGCUUAACCGAUGUGUUUUUGAUUUACAAAACAUAAGUGUCCACUCAGAGACUAUUAUUAAUUAAGGCAUGACUAAUCUGUGAUCAGUUGGCCUGAAUAUGCACUUCUUAGCGAAGUGCCCUACUAAUUGAGAUCGAGGCUCACCUAGUUCAGCAUUUUAAUUUUUUGCAAAAGUCACAGCAGCACUAGGGACCUACUGGAAAUCAACUCACCCUACCUUCUGCCCAGUGUUCUAGGCACAUUUUGUAACAGGGAAUUUCAUUAGCGGCAGCAGUUUCUGAUCUCUGGGUGCAGUACUGCACCUAAGAUUUCAGAUUAAAACUGCAGAGUGGAAGGAAAGGAGGGCCUUUUUCUGCCUCCCCACUUCCAGCUACUCUAUGAAAACUGGAGAAGAGACCCUCUUAAGAAUAUUAGGGGGGUGGGCAGGGGAAGGACCAGGCCAUGUGAAAAAUGAACAUAAUAUCUUAACUGCAGUUCAUUCAUUUUCAGCUUUGUAUUCUUCUUAUAAAAAAGCAUGUCUAGACAUUCCAUUGUUGCGCUCAUAACCUAGGAUUAAGGUGCCAUUUAGCUCCUAGCUUUCAUAUCUCAGUUUCUAACACUGCUUCUGACUAUUCCUGCAGUACACUUCCAUUUCUUACUGAAUGUUUUUGACAUGCAGCAUGUUUACUCAGAAGUAUAUUGUACUGAGUUCAAGAAGACUUACACCCUCAUAAGUGUGCAUAGAGUUCUAGCUAUAAGAUUAAACUAGAAAAGAUGAAACCAUACUGGAGGACAGUUUAGAUCAGGAAAACAAACAGUGCAUGGGAGGAGGGUUAAAUUUCCCUUUCCAUUUUCAUGGUCCCAAUCCAAGUCUGUCAUGGUUUCAUUUAUUCAACCUUUUAUAACAUUGAGGCUAUGUGAUUGUGUAUGACCUAUUGUCUGUUCUGAUUUGGCCUCAGUGUUUAAAGUAAAACUAAACUUUGCUGAAAAAAGCAAAAAAGAGAAACUAAAAAAGCUUUCUAGUUCUUAGAUAGGUCCAUAUAUCCAUUUCAUUGGAGUAUACAGUUAUAAGUUUGGUCCCAUUUAAAUCGCUUUAGCAGAAGUAAAUUAGGACUGGUCGGUUUUGAUCUAUUAGGCAUAAUGAAUCCUGUUGGGAUUGUAUUAAACAGUGAAAAACCUAAUCUUUCAAAUUAAAUCCAAAUCAAAUGCUUAGCCCAAUAGUUGCAAAGAUAAUUCUGAAUUUUUAUAAGGUCAAAAAUGUCCACUGUAGUCAUUAGUGCCUGAAAAAGAUGCUCACACAGUUUAGGAAGUCUGUAAAUUGGGCUAAACAUCUCAGGAAUAUAAAAAUUUAAUUGGUCUCUUGUGAAAAAAUGCAUCAUUAGUUUUGCAUACUGGAAAGCAUUUCAGUUUUCACAUUUGAAACUGAGGUUUGUUUUUAUUAUAAUAUGUUGCUACAAUGUUGAGUGAGUGGGAAAGAAAUUGGUUUGGAUUGUGUUUGGAAACAAUUUGUUGCUGUUUUAUAACAUGUAAGAACUUCUAUGGAAUCAGUACCUGAGAGUUUCUAAGGUUUGAUUUAAAUGAUAUACAAAUACAUAUAUUGUAGAAACUGCUCAUGUGGAAGUUGCAUUUUCUGAAUAUCCAUAGUAGUUGGUCAGAUAUGGACCCUGGAUUUUAAUAUUCCUGAAUCUGAGCUCUAGGCAGAGAAUAGAGACAAAUAAUCAGCAAGGUAUAGGGCAGGCUUCCUCAACCUCGGCCUUCCAGAUGAUUUAAGACUACAAUUCCCAUCAUCCCUGACCACUGGUCCUGCUAGCUAGGGAUCAUGGGAGUUGUAGGCUAAAAACAUCUGGAGGGCCAAGGUUGAGGAAGCCUGGUAUAGGGGAAAUGAGAGAAAGGAAUUUAGGAUGUCAGCAGGCCAAGUAAAUAGAGUGAGGAAAUGUAUGGAACAUACCUGUGCAUGUUUUUGUUUUUUCUAAAUAGCAGUUGUGAAGUGAGGAGGUCCAGAUUGGGACUAUGGGAAGGGAGAGGGGUACAAAGGGUUAACAGUCCCUUCCUCCAGGCCAUGGUCCCAAUCUGCAUGCCUCAUAGCUGCCAUUUAGCUAAGAAAAAGCAAGCAUGCAAUGGCCAAUCACAUUAUUAACAUCACAUCUGGUUUGUACCUGAAAGGAGACGGAAUAAUGGGUGAAGUGUUAGAAGCAAAUGGGGCAUAUGAGGGAAAGGCAGAGAGCAUUAUCAUAAUAUUUGAGGAAGCGAGGGAAGAGAAGAAUGAAGAGAGCAGUGUAUUACUUAAUAGGGGAAGAAGUAGGGAGAACGGGGAAGAGGUAUAGGAUGUUGAUGGUUCUGGAUCAAGCAGGAGCCAAAGGGAAAAUGAGAAUAUGGUCCGAGAGAUAGGAGGCAGUAUUUGCACCACUAAUGAACAUAUAGGUACUUACCUAUAGUGGGCCCUUCUGGUAAGGUUUUCAUUGAUUAGUCUGGGUAGACUGUGUUUGCCUAUUUUGCAAAUCCUGUGACUGUUUUGUGCUGGCAAGUUGAGGGUGAGCUGCCAAGGCUGUACUAGAAAAUCAAACUUAUAGGGUUCUGGCAUUGCCAGGAAGAAUUGUUCCCUCCACCCCAAACUACUCUGAAUUUAAAUAGUGGUUAGUGAGAAGUGAUACGUUGCAGCAGUUAAUGGAAAAAUCUUUUGGCAAACACAUUUGAUUUCAUUUUUAUAUUAAAUCCCACUUUCCCAUAAUUGAGUUCUCAAAAGCUGUUAAAUAUGAACUGGGUCAUGGCCUAGAAUAUAAAAAGUGUGAGUUUUUGUGCUCAUUCAUUCUUUCCUGUUUCUUCUAGGGGUUUGCUUGGGGAUGCAGCUGGCAGUAGUGGAGUUUGCAAGAAACUGUCUAAACUGGCAAGGUGUGUUACCUUCUGUGAAAAUUGUUCAUAUAAAGCAGGGAUGGGUGACAUUUGCUAGCCAAUGGGCUAGAUCUCCCUGCCAUGCCAAUUUGACGGGUGGACAAAGAAUUGUCAUUUCCUGACCCUCAUCUUCAUUCUCCUGCUGUGGAUGUACUCCUUAUAUUGGCCUUUAGCUUAUCUUUAUUUCCUGAAACAAGGACAAGUGAAGUGCUGUAAUUUUGAACAUAUGUCUCUCUGUGGAUGUUAAAAUUCAUAUGAUCCCCCCCAAACAUUUUGCUGAUAUGUGUGCCAAAAACCUCUCCUUCAAAAUGACAAAGGUGCUAUAUUUAGUUUCACCAUCUUUAACAUUUUUAAAUGUAGUUGCUCUUUUUCUGCAGAUGCAAAUUCUACAGAAUUUAACCCAAACACAAAGAAUCCUGUUGUAAGUAUUGAAUUUCCCCUUAUGGUUUUGAUAGAUCUUUUGUGCUGGCUACUUAACAAUUGUGUCAGUCAUACUGGCAUUAAGAGAGGCUGAGAGUUUGUUCCUCUAUAGCAGUGGGUGGGAAAUCUGUGGCGCUCUAAAUAUUGCUAAAUGUUACUAGACUUCCAUCUCUUCCAACCAGCACCAACCUGCCCAAAUGUUGAAGGAUUUUUGGAAGUUGUAGUUCAGAGGGUCACAUGCUCCCCAUACCUUUUUCAUAUCCAAAGAAAUAAUUGCACAUUUGUUAAUAUUCCAUUUUGUAUGUUCUGGUGCUCAGCUUCAACAGAGAAAACAUUUUUGGCACUUUGCCCUGAUGCUCUCUGGUCUCAGUUAAUGAGACUUUCCAUUAGACAAAUUUAAUGGGUUAUCACCAUUGCAAUUGAUCAAACUGUAAAGAGGUUGCAUAACAGAGGUCAUAGAGCAAAUAGGUGAAUCAUUUGCAAAUUGCUGAUUGGUUUUGGAUAAAUCUGUUUAAGAAGAUCAUUAUCUUGAGGAUUAGUAAAUGAAGAAGUAAUAACAGUACUAAUUUUAGCAGUUGCGCGUGGUCAGAAUAAUUCUGGAAUUACUUUUAUGUCAAAAACAACCUAACCAUUAUCAUGCAUUGAUCAAGAGCUGACUAGUGUUCUGUAUAGGAUAAUAGAGCCCAUAUUAAAGAAUAUGUCUCUGGUUGGACUCUGGUUUGCAUUAGGAGAUGUACUCCUAUUUUUAGGGUUCAAAAGCCAGCUAAAAAACAAGAACCAGAAGUUAUGAAUAACAGAGAAUUUUACAGUGGAGAGUUGUAAACAGCCGGCUAGUAAAAUCAGGAUUAUUUGGUGGUGGUUGGUGCCCAUUGGUGCAUUCCAUAGGAUGGAAGGCAGAGUGACCAACAGCUGGUGGAGCCAGAACUAGCGACCGACAGACCCAGUACUAGACUGGUUGUAGGCAAAAUGACAGGCGGGUGGCUGAGGGCAGACUGAGCUGGUGGGGCAGUGCUCCUUAGAGCCAUAGCAGAGAAAGCUCAUAUAAAUUGUCAACUCAGUGUAAUGCAACAGUGAAAAGGGCAAAGUUUUUAGGAACGGGACUAGAUAUAUGUAAAAAGAAGUAUUAACCAUAGACUCUGUCCAGUUGCAUAUGCUUUGUGUAAACCCUUUAAAUCUACUGAGCAAGAUUGUGCAUGGUUUUACCAGUCAUCAUACAUGCAUAGUUUGAAAGCAAAUAAAGGAAAUAAAGUAGAUUUUUAUUCAAUGACAUCCAUCGUUCUACAAUGAUUAAAUUUAGUUUUAGAGAGAUUCUUUGUACAAAUAUAAUUGUAAAUGUCCAUAAUAGGUUGGUUUGGGGAUCUUGGAAGUACUUUCUGUCUGUGGUCUCUUCAUUGGAUGCCUUAGGAGAGCAAACCGGUUAUUCCAGCCAAAUUAGACAAUCCUGCCAAACUGCCUAACUUGCUCAUCAGUGCCUUGAAGUCAUUAAAGUUGAUUUUUCCAUCUUUAUCCAAGUCCGCGUAUUUGGAUAUAUCGUUGAGAGACAUUGAACCCUGUAAGUUUUAUUUGGGUGGUGGUAAGGGAGUGAAAAACAAAGCAAAAUAGUUUUAUAUAUGAUAACUUUCAGAAUAGUGAGUUACAGAACAUAUUUAAGCUAAUUUUUUUCCUUGAAACAUGGUUAUCUAUACACAAUAAUUUUGAGCAAGCCUUUUCAUUUCCUUAUAGACGGUGUACAAUUUUAUCAGGGUAUAUGUUGGGUACACCUAUGAACAAUUCUGGAACAUUGUUUUUUUCCCAAUCAGCCCUGUUCUGUGUUCCUCUUCCAAGAUAGAAACGGAGACAAUAUUCUUUGCCUUUCUCUCAGGAGUUAGAGGCUACAUUUGGUUUGGGAAAACAGGAUCUGCCCUGUCCCUUACUUGGCCUGAGUGAAUGGUCUCAUUGAUGGGUGAUGGAGAACUGGGAGAGUGGGGUUAGAAAAGAACUGUAAUUCCCCUUCACAUCCAACGUAACAGGCUUUUAUUGGUUUCAAACACUGCCUUUCAAAAUAAAAAUAUAUAAAUACAAUAUUUUCUAUUUAUAAAUAUUUAUAAAUAUUUUCCCAAAGUAUAAUAGAAAUAUAAAAUGAAAAUAUAUCAAAACAGAAUUUAAAUACUGAAACAGAAGUUUAUAAAACACUGAAAUACUCCGCUAACCAAUAUAUGCAAAAGCCAUUAAUUAUAAUUGUAAGUUUUUUAACUGUUUUCAAAGUUGUUUUUAAGCAGAGGCUUGACAACCAUAUGUCAGGAGUGCUCUGAUGGUGUUUCCUGCUUGGCAGGGGGUUGGACUCGAUGGCCCUUGUGGUCUCUUCCAACUCUAUGAUUCUAUGAUUCUAUGAAAUAGUUGUGACUCGCCCCGUGACCUUAGCGUUGAAGGGUGGGUAACAACUUAAAAUACCAACGCAUCACACCAAGAUAUGUAGUUUGAGUAAAGGGACGUCAAGAAGUGGGACAGAUAGGAUCUGGCUUAGUUCACAAAGGCUCUCAGUGAAUUAACUGACUACCAUUCACAUCUGUGGAAAAAAGACAAAGCACUGUACUUGGAGCAGUUAAGCUAGAAAGCUAAACCACUGAACUUUUGUUACGGUGCAAAAUCUGCUCUGCUCUUGACACUUUGUGGCUCAGCCUCUGUGGCCAUUGCAUACUCUCCCUCUAGCAGUCCUCUUGUACUGAACAGACAGUCUACAGAAAGGUAUAAUAGGCCAGGAAGGCAAACCUAACUCGCUGUGCCUUUAACGUCACAGCCAAAGUAUGCUUUGGUCCUGCCCAAACCUGCCUUUAAUUUAGGGAGAUGGCAAGGCAAAUGUUAAAAUCUGAUGACAUAAGAUUGACAUGAGACCCAUAUUAGUAGGCCUCCAUUAGCCUGUGGCUGGGAUUUUGUUAUUGUUACAGAAACCAGACAUGGCGUCUCUGUGCCCAGCCGCUUUUGUUCCAGGCCACAACCAGGAUCACAGCACUGCCAUUCACUGAACAAGUGCUUCCCAAGAACAUUUGGCAGCUAUUUUUAAUCCCAGGCUGCUGCUUGUGGGAAAAGCAAGAGUAGAUCUGUGGACGAAGAACAAUCUCUUGGCUGUUGCUGGGAGGUGUGAAGGAACUUUGCAUUGAAUGAAUGGCAUGACCUUGCUGCUGUGCACCUUGUGAGAGAGGGUUGGGACUUCUGCUCACCACUCUACAUGGAGCACAAAGAUUGCACUACUCUCAGUAGCUGUACCAGGCACGCUAACAAAAAUAAGAUACAUUUGCAGAUAGUUCAGUCUACUUUUGCAGAGCAUAUUAGCAUUUUAAGCAUUUACGUACUUUCGCACUGCUUUUUAAAAAGUGCAGCUGCACCCUUUUUCUCAUACUUUGUUUUAUUAGCACGCUAUGUGGUUGUUUGAGAGAGCGCAUUUAUCUCUUAGUAUUUUAGCUUUUGUGCUAGCAAAUGCUGUUUGUGAAUGUGACCUGUGGUGCACAUUCUUUUUGUGGCAUUCUUAUCUACUGGGUAUUAUUAUUUCUUUUAAUACUUCUAUGACUCACAUUAAGCUGAAAGACAGUGAUUGCCCACCUAAAUGGGUAUCUGAACAUGUAUUUCUUCAUUGUUCAAAACAAACACUCUAGCCACUAGAUUGUACUGAUCCUAACAGCUCUGGUGAGUUACAUUUUUCAGCUGCAAUUUUCCCUUAAUGUAUAUUCCCACUGUCCUUGCUGAACUCAUCUCACUUAUGACCACAAAUCAAUAAUUUUGUUCCAAAACUAUUAUAAAAAUUACUUUUAUGUAAAAUUUAUCCCCAAUAUUAGCUUUCACUAAAUACCUAAAUGAAACACUUACAUUUUAGCAAGGAGCAUAUAUUUUUUAAAGUACCUAUUAAUUGUGCAUAGUUUUCUCUAGAUUUCAUUUUGCACAGAAAUGGAUAGACUAGACCAGGCUUCCUCAAACUCGGCCCUCCAGAUGUUUUGAGACUACAAUUCCCAUCAUCCCUGACCACUGGUCCUGCUAGCUAGGGAUCAUGGGACUUGUAGGCCAGAAACAUCUGGAGGGCUGAGCUUGAGGAAGCCUGGACUAGACUCUUUGUUUCAGAAGGCACUGGAAUACUUAUUAUGAUUUUAAACAGAACUUAAGCAAAUUUGCUAACAUUUACUCUAUACACAUUCUUGUUUGGGCCUGUUCUGACAGAGUCUUGUUUAUAUCCAUUGAACACUUUGGGGUCUGGUUUUUUUUAAAAAAAUCUUCCUGCUGGAGGCUACCAUAUUAAAAACUGGAUGCUACCAUAUUAAAAGAGAAAGAAAAUUUUGAGGGCUUUAUAUUGUUGGCAUAUUCAGCAAGUUCACUAGGUAAUUCUUAGAGCACCCUUCUGUUGUUCUAAGUCCUGACUUUGACAUCUUUCCAUUGUGGUUCUCAAUUUAUAAUUUCCCCACCUAUUCUGUAAUCCAGUGACGCUCUUUAUGUAAGUAACUUAGAGAGGACUCUCGCCUCAAAAACCAACAACUAACUUCAGCUAAAAUAAUAAUUUUGUUUUCAAAAUUUGAUAUUAUAAUCAACUUCCUUGUCUCUAGCUACUUAAGAUUCUAGCAGUAACUAAAAUUUCACCAUAACACGUUCAUAGAUUGCCCAGUGUUUUGUAUAAUCAAACCCAUAUAUUUGUCUGAAGAAACCCUUAAAAUGAUAAUUAAAAUGUUUGAAAAACAUUUUGAUGGAGAGAUUUCAAUGUUUGAAAACAUGAUUUCAUCUAAAUUAAAACUUUUCAAGUGCGAUCAACAAAAACAAUCUAAAUAUUGCAAAUGUUUUUCUGAACAAUAUUUUCAGCAUAUAAAGUAAAUACAAACAUUCAAGCAUCAGUGUACUAGAUUUCUUUUUGCCUUGUUACCUUUUGUAAAACAUGCUUUUCUUAGGAUCAGAUUAUCCUACUUUUCUCAGGUUGCCUAACAGCUACAAAUAAUCAUUAUAGAAGCAGUUCACCAAAGUAAAGCCUGUAUUAAUUUCAUUCAGACUUGGAUAUGAAGCUACAUAAAUUAUUACAAUGAAUGGAAGCUGUUGUCUAUCUUACUGAAUUAUUCCCACAUUGCUGUCCCUCCCCAUCCCUCCCUUGCUGUCCAGUCAUGUUUUAAACUCUUCAGAGCUUCGUUGGACUAUGUCCCUUGUUUGUCCUUUAGUGAAUUGGAUUUGUUUGGAAAAUACCACAAAUUAGAUGCAGGCUUCAGUAAAUAUUAAUGUUAUCUAGUGUAAUUGGCAGUGCAAUUUGGAAGACUUACCAAAACAUUUGAGAAGUGGCUCUGAAUCAAACUUUUAAGUCCGUCCAUGGAAAGCAGAUGCUUGCUACCUUCUUUCAUAGCAUACUGAGUGAAGAGACUUAAGAGUUGGUCACUAUUAAAUUCUGCCAUAUUUUUGUAUAUUCGAAAGCUGUAAAAGAGCAAACAAAGUUAACAUAUUUUGAAGUUUAUAGAGGGAAAUACAUUGAUUUAAUACGACAUCUACAUAGGUAUGUGGAAAAUGUAGUUUUAUAUAGCAAUUACAAUGAAGCCAUUUUCUCUUAAGUUGCUAAUUCUGCUCAUACAACAUUAAUUGCAAGCUAACUGACAUCAUAUGUGAAACUUCUGACAUGUACGAAGCUGCGGUAUUUUCUUCUGUGGAAAAACUUUAUCAUGUUUUCCUGAAAUAUAUUUUUCCUGGAAAGAUAAAAACACAUUUUUCUUUAUACACUGUGGUGCAAUGCAUUCUGAAAGUAGUAGAAUUGAGGACAUUCAUAGAAGACAUCCAAAAAGACAUAAAAUAAAUAAAUCAUAAUUACCCAAUACUCCAAAAGCAGAGGCUCUGCAAACGCAAUGUGAGAAGCUCAGGGCUGAGGCAUCCUUUUAUGUCUCUCCCGCUCCACCCUGUUAUGCCUCUCACUCCACCCUGAUUAUGAAAUUUGUCUUUGCUGACAGAUGUUGGAUGUGUUACAUACUUUUAACAUUCAAGUUUAUUUUUUUUAAAGAACAAAAUAUGGUAAUUCGAUGCACCCUGCCGGUGUAUCUUAGAAGCUUUGCUUUUUUCCUUUUCAGAUGUGUUUUUGGGAUAAGGAAAUAGCUGGAUAUUGCUAGAACUUUGUUAUAUUUUUAACAGCAGCCCACGCUUUUGUCAGGUCUAUAUAGGAUCUUUGUAACCAGGCACAUUGCAGUAUUACAAGUUUUUCCUGAUUCUCCUCAUUCAUACUUGUAAUACAUCUGUGGUGUAAGUAGGAAAUGCCACAGCAUGCCCUGGCCCAUGCCAGCACUGGAAGGCCCAUGUCUGAUAGUUAAGUCUAUAUCGAUAAAAGAAGCAUAUGCACAAACAUGCCUCUAGCCACCAAGCAACUGUCCCCCCACAGAUAUGCUCCUUGCAGUGCAGUUGCAGCAACAGUGAGACCCUGCCCCUCUGCUGGCUUAUAUUCCCUCACCUGGUGGGUUGUACACCGACAACCUGAGACGUCUUCUGCAUGGAACUCAUUGCCUCUCUUCUUGCUUCAAGCACCUCCUGGUUCUCAGAGACAGUGGGUUGGGGGAAGGUGGGGAGUCUCCCGACCCAUCUGUCGCUUGAACAGCCUCUUCUUCUGCCACAUCCUGCACACCUUCCUUCACCUCCGACUCUCCCUCCUCCCCAUGCCCUGGCUCCUACUUGCGGGUGGCGUCAAACCCCAUAAGUCACUGGUCCCCUCUCCGGGGUCACUCCCUCGGUCCCCUGCCUCCGCCACACACUCUUCAGAGCUCCGUCAGUCCCUGACAUAGCAAUGCACUUAGCAUAGCUUCAUACUAGAUAGCACACCUGUAGCCCUUGAAAACAUCUAUCCUUUCAAAGGAAUUAAGUAACCUAGAAGAAGGGUUUUUUUCUUCCGCUGCUCUGCCUAUAUUUAGUUUUCAAACAGAUUUACUGAGGGAACAAGAGUUUCAAGCAGAGAGAGAGAGAGAGAGAGAGAGCGAGAAAGAAAGAAAGAAAGGAAGAGAAUGAGUUAUAAAAUGACUAUUAAGUCAUCCUGAUUUUACCACAAUUCCAUGUAGUUUUGGCAUUUUAGCAGGAUGUUAGAAACUAAUAAGAUACUUAGACAAAUGGUUUUCAGAAGAGGUAGGUAAUACAGGUAGGUGGCAGCUACCUGUAGUUUGUAAAAUAAUAUUUUAAGCAAAGUAUACUGACUUCAUUGGCCGGUAGUAGUAUAUCAAAUUUCAAAUCUGAAUUCAGGACAAACUAAGCUGAUACUUUUAAUGAAUUCUCUAUAUCACUGGUUCCCAAUUAGCUAUUUACUGAGGACCCCCUAUAUUUCAAAGACCAAGCCACAGACCCCCUACUUUUGAAAAAUUUUAUAGCUCCAUGGUAGUUACCUCUGCAGAGCAAUUUUUUGAACAAAAUAUGGGGUAGCCCCUAAUAAGCAAAGGAUUUUAGGUAUAUUAAAAAACAGACUAGGGCUGAGCGGUACCUGGUUUUCAACAUUGUGAUAUAUCAGCAGUUAAACAUCACAACAUUCCGAUAUAUCAUGAUGUCUGAAAAGGAAGAUCAGGCAUGGGGAUGAGGGAAGGAACGGUCACAGAGAUCUGUUAAGAGAGUCAAGUAAGUAUUUGUGAGGGAGUGGGGUGGGUGCCACUGCUGGUCUGCUUCAGGUUACUGCAUUAACUGCACCUUAUUAGUGAUGAUGUUUUAAAUCUUCAGAACGACACACCUGUUUGUUGUGACAAUGAAGAACACUGCUACUGUUGUAUUGUUGGCUGCAUAGCACUGAUUUGUUACCAUGAUGAUGCCUGCUGCCAUUUACUCCCUGUUUAUCUCCUCUACAUCUAAACACCCCCACAUUUCUCAUAGGGCGUAUGCUAUAUAAACUGGGUGUGUACAUUGAAUCUAGGCAGCUUAAUGAUUGGCCUAGGGCACUAGGAUAUUUCAUUCUGAAGUUAUUGCUGGCCUAGAAGGAAUAUGGUCCUUUCCAUCAUUCCAUUUCUGAUAUCUCCUGAUAAUAAGAUCUAAGAAAACUUAUUAAUCUUCAGUUAUAAACUGUUAUUCAUCUUGUGCAUUUCUGCACCCCCCAUCUGUUGUAUUGAUAAAUGUAUUUACAACAGAACAAAUCUUUGCUAACGAAUUUAUUUGCUUAUUCUCAAAGCCUGCUCCAAAGGUAGUAUGAUGCUGAGAGACAUGAUGUUGUUUGACAGGGUUAAAGGAAAGGCAACAGCUGCAGGAGACUCAGGAAGUGGGGCUUCUAAUGCAAACAGGCAGAAGUAUUGCAUGUUUGGAUGAAGGCAUGCCAAGAGAAGCAAUCACUAUAUAAAAGCUAGUUCCUAAUUUCCAUCCUGCUCUGCCAAACUCAGACGGGUCCAACAUUCAUACUGUUUCACUACAAAAUAAAUAAUAAUAAUAAUAAUAAUAAUAAUAAUAAUAAUAAUAAUAAAUUUUAUUUAUAUCCCGCCCUCCCCAGCCGAAGCCGGGCUCAGGACGGCUAACAACAAUCAAAUAAUCAAACAAUCAAAUAAUCCAACAUUCUAAAAACAUUUCAUUAUAAAAAUUAAUUAAAAUCAAAUUAAUGGCAACCGUUGAGCAAAAUUCUGUGCAGAUUGCCAGAGGAGGGAGUCAGGCUGGGCCGUGACCAAAGGCCUAGUGGAACAACUCUGUCUUGCAGGCCUUGCGGAAAGAUGUCAGGUCCCGCAGGGCCCUAGUCUCUUGUGACAGAGCGUUCCACCAGAUUGGAGCCGCAGCCGAGAAAGCCCUGGCUCUAGUUGAGGCCAGCCUAACCUCUCUGAGGCCUGGGACCUUCAGGAUGUUUUUAUUUGCAGACUGUAGGUUCCUCUGUGGGGCAUACCAGGAGUGGCAGGUACAAAGGUCCUAGGCUGUAUAGGACUUUAAAUGUUAAAACCAGCACCUUAAACAUGAUCCUGUACUCCACCGGGAGCCAGUGCAGCUGGUAUAGUACCGGAUGAAUGUGAUCUCGCAGCGAAGACCCCAUAAGGAGUCUCGCCGCGGCAUUCUGCACCCGCUGGAGUUUCUGGGUCAGUCUCAAGGGCAGCCCCACGUAGAGCGAGUUACAAUAAUCCAGUCUGGAGGUGACCGUCGCGUGGAUCACAGUGGCUAGGUCAGGACGAGAGAGAUAAGGGGCUAACUGCUUAGCUUGGCGGAGAUGAAAAAAUGCCGCCUUUGUUAGAGCUGUAAUCUGCGCCUCCACACAGAGGGAGGUAUCGAAGAUUACACCCAAACUCUUAACGGAUGGUGCUGGCACUAAUUGCACCCCCGCAAGAGAUGGGAGUUGCCCCCCUCAAUCCCAUAUCGUCCCAUCCCAGCCAGAGGACCUCUGUCUUCAAAGGAUUUAACUUCAACCGGCUUCCACGUAACCAUCCAGCCACAGCUUCCAAACAUCUGGUCAGUGUGUCUGGGGCCGAGUCAGGAUGGCCAUCCAUCAACAGAUAGAGUUGGGUGUCAUCGGCAUACUGAUGGCAACCCAGCCCAAAACUCCGGACAAGCUGGGCGAGGGGCGCAUAAAGAUGUUAAAAGCAUCGGGAGAGUAUCGCACCCUGAGGCACUCCACACACCAAGGAGUGGCGCGAUGACAAUUCCCCCCCAAGCGCCACCCUCUGUCCCCGACCAGAGAGAAACGAGCGCAGCCAUUGAAGGACUGUGCCCUGGAUCCCCACUUCGGCAAGGCGGUGGUCCAGGAGUUCGUGAUCGACCAUGUCGAAGGCUGCUGACAGGUCUAGAAGAAUUAGCAGCCCCGACCCGACUUGAUCCAGCUGCCUGCGGAGAUCAUCUGUUAAGGUGACCAGAGCCGUCUCGGUCCCAUGACCAGCGCGGAAGCCGGACUGGAAUGGAUCCAGAGUUGAUGUUUCAUCCAGAAACCUACCAAGCUGUUCAGCAACCGCUCAGGUUACCCAGGAAUGGAAGAUUCGAAACCGGGCGGUAAUUGGAUAGAUCUAAGGGAUCUAAUGAUGUUUUCUUUAAGAGCGGGCGCACCACUGCCUCCUUCAAUUCCCCUGGAAAUAUCCCGGUGCCAAGGGACAAAUUGAUGAUAUCCCCCAGGGGGGCCCGCACCUCGUCUGGACACGCUCUAAUCAGCCAAGACGGGCACGGGUCAAGAGGACAGGUGGUGGGCUUUCCAGCUCGAAGGAGUCUGUCCACAUCGGCUGGGGAUAUCCGGUCAAAGUGGUCCAAUACUGGACCCGAAGACAGAAAACGUCAUUUCUUCCUGUUAUCAACUAUAAAAUCUACCUACAGUAUACAUUAAAGUGGGAAAAACAGAAAUUUAUUUUGCAAUUUUGGCAGUUUAUGUAUUGGUGGGGGGUGGGGAUGAAAUCACAUGUACAUGUACAUGAUCCGUAAUGGUGUCCGUUUCCUAAUCGUAAAGGUGAUUCAAUAAUGUAUGGAAGGGAUGCUGUGGAUUGUUUUAGGGAUCCAGAUUGGAGAUCCUGUCUCAGAUGUAGCUGCAGCUCUUUCUUCUCCAAAUUUGGUGGAUACCUUUUGGUUUGUGCAAGUUGAGGAUGUGGACAUAAUUCUUGGGAAAGUGUGGUCAACUACAUUCUUGCCUAUCCUGGCUUACGACAGCACUUUAGGACUGAAUUGCUUGGUGAUAAAUAUCCCAUUUAGUAAGUAUCCCAUUAGAAAAAGGAACAGAUUUUUAAAAUUAACAAUCAGUCUCCAAUACACCAUUCUUAGACAACAUAUCUGAGUGUGUUGUGGUAUUUCGCCUUGUAAAAUCUGGUUUUGUUUCGUUCAGGUAAUUGGGAAUGGCAGUGAAUAAAGGUGGCAUUUAGUUCUAGUUUUUUUCUUUUAAUUUUUUUUUAAAAAAAGAAUAAAAUUUACUGGUUUAUUCUAUAGGACAGAGUUUAAUUAGGCCAGUGCCAGAAUAUAGCACGGAAGCUUUCACCUACUUUUCAUGAAAUAUCUGACCUCAGAGCCCUCCAGUUCUGUGCCUUCAGUGAACAUUUCUUAUAGGAAUUCUAUAAAUGAGCAGGAAAAUGGUGGAUGUGAUUGGCACCAUAUCUUGUAAUGAUUGCAGUUCUGUAGUUGGUUACCACGACACCAUGGUUUCUGGAAUGAACAUAAUAUUUAAGAUUAAAUAUGGCACACAGUAAUAUUAGAUGUAUAAUACUAAGUCUCACUAAGAGUAGACUCCUGGAAAUCUGUACUUAGGUUAUUGAUUUUAGUCAUUUAUUCUGAAUAUAACUCAUAUUGGAUAUCACCCAUAGUAAACAGUCUAAGAUAAUCAGAUUUGUACUCAUGAUAGGAGAUACCUGGUUUAGAUAUCCAGAGCGCUGGCAGAUAUAGUAGAACAUAACUCCAUGUCCUGCCCAUGUGUUUCUCUUCUUAAGCACCACUCCCAACUCUUUCCAUUCCAUGUAUGUGUCAUGAUGUACAAUGAAGAUGUGCCUGCAUCUCUAGAUUCAGAUGGCCUAUUAGGAAACAAUCAGCAAAGUUCAAAUUUUGAGGUGCACAGCAUCCUUGCAUUCAACAAAUGCUCCAGACACCAGUGACUAACAUCAUAUUGCAGCUUCUAUUGGUGCUCUUUUAAUCCUGGAAUAAUUAAUCUAUGGCGGCAGUCCUAAACUAGAGUAAGCCCCAGGGAACUUACUGGGGUGUGCUUUUGACUAGACAUACUUGGGAUUGUGUUGUAAUUGUGACCUGUGUCCUGUGAGUCAGCAGAUGUUUGGAUAUUAGAAUGAAACCACCUAUCCCUUCCUUAAUUGUUUGUGGUUAAUCAACUAAUUAUCUGUUGGCUGGAAUGUCCACACUUAAUUUGUGGUCUGUAGCAAUUUAUUUUAAACAUCAUAGGGUAAUUCAUAUAUCCUUUGGAAUAUGUAAUUGUAUAAGCUUCUAGCAGGUCAAAGGACAAGAAUGCAAUGGGCCGGCCAAGUCAGGGUGACAAGGACCAUAGGGAGGGCUCUUGUGGGUUGUGGGACCCCUUGCUGGGAGUGAGGGAAUCUUUAAACAAAUAUCCCAGUGAGGGAAGUCCGGGGUAGGGGGUUCCACAUCCAUUCUUUAUACAACAUGGGAUGGGAAACUUCCAGCCUGUGGGCUCACAAGAAGGUCCUAAUCUGGGCCCACAAGAAGGUCCAGUUAUGCCCACAAGGCCAUUUCCCCCAAAUCAUUACUGGUGAUGCUAGCUUAAGGGGUGGGAAAUUUUUGGCAAGUCUGCCCCACACUGUUCUCUUCAGUCUCUAAAAAAGGAUCUGUGUGUGACAGCCUUUUUUCAUUUGAGGUCUGCUUUCUUUUUUAUUUUCUUCAUUGUUGUGUGAUGGAGCAGUUGCUGCCAGAACCAAUGUGUGCUCUAUGCCUUGCAGAGUGAGUGGUAAACUGGCAGGUCCAGACCAGUGCUGUAUCAUUAAUAAAAGACCACUCAAUAGCCUGCUGCAAGAGAUUUACCAAGUGCUUUGAAGAUAAAAUUGUUAAGUUGCAGCUUGUGGUUUCUACAUCAGUUGUUGCAGAUGGAAGAUGUGGACAGGAGACUUGUAGCAGUGAGAGGAGCUACAUGCCCUCUCAAUCUCUGCUCAUCACGGCUGAUAAAGUCUAGAAGUAAGUGACUGACUCGAUGGGUGCAGGGAAUGGUUAAUGUCUCAUUGUGAAAGGGAGUCAUUGAAAGAGGCAGCCCUGCUUGAAAAAGUCCUCUCAGGAUCCAGAGGUCUAAGAAAACUACCACCUAGUCCCUGAUAUUUUCUUCUUGGGCAAGAUGCUCUAGAGAUACAGGUAUGCCUUGAGGAAGCAGUUUAUCUAGACCUGGCUCAAUAUGGUUUCAGGUCCAGAUUUAGCACUAAAGCAGCCUUGGUCCCCCUGGUUGAUGGCCUUUAUUGGAAGACAGAUGGAGUGGGAGUUGGUUCCCUGUAGCUUUUCCUUGACCUCUCAGUGGUUUUUGACACGGUUGACUAUGAAGACCUUCCGGAAUUACUCUGGAAGAUGGUACUCGGAGGCACUGUACUGUGGCGGUUCUGCUCCUACCUGCAGUGCUAUUUGUACUAAGAGACUGUUGCUCAGCUCCGUGGCUUUUGAGCUGUAAGAGUACUGUAAGGUUCCAUUCUGUCUUCUAUGCUGCUAUGAGGCAUAUUUCCAGUACAAGAAGGUGCACGUGCUUGUUCGCCACACAGCCGCUCAGAUGAUUUCUCCACAGUCAUGGUGACAUUCACACCAUCUUGUGUCAGAUGCUCACAGACGGCAUGAAGCACUGUUUAAUUGAAUUUUUUCUUCACUGAAAACUGUAUCCAGUACAGUCAGAAUAAAAGCCACUUUCAAAUGGGCUAGAAAAGGGGGGAUUUCUUUACACUGUUCAUGUCUCUUAUCCACAUGCAACUGGAAGGAAAGUUUAAAAAAUGUUUUUGUGGCAAGAAAGAAGUCAGUUGAAUACACCCUAAAAUUAAAUACAUCUUAGGGUGUGGUUUCCAAAAGCUUGCUCUCUGAAGUCUGAUAAGGAUGGAUAAAGUUGCCAUCCUUUAACUGCCGAGAAUGGAAAAGGGCCAAAUAACCCUUAGGGGCAAAAAGGGUGUGUACUGCAGAUAACUCUAAGAAGAUAUAUAAUUAAAAUAGUGUAUAUAGUUUUGAGUUCAGUAUGAAUCUUUGGGCUGGCACAUGCACGACAUUUUAUCAUUUUGCUAUGCUAAGAGGUUUUGCUGCUGCAUCUACACAAUCAUUAAAAUAAUUCAGUUACAGAUAUGCAAAUACCCAGUUGAUCGUACCUAAGGACUAUCUCAAGCAUAAUGUGAGAUCCUAUGGAUAUUGCUCUGAGGUAAAGUGCAUUAUAUAAACCCUGGGGUAAUGAUGCAGAAACGUAUAAAAGCAUAAACACAUCAGAAAUAAUAGGGAAAUGUAUAAACAGUUUUGAAUAUAAUGCUUGUAGAAAGUUAUCUCCCCUGAAGAUAACUUUGUGAUAGUAUAUAACAAUAAUGGCAGUCACUUUAAUUCGGAUCCAUUUGUAAAAGAAGAUUUUCUGUCAGGCUCCAGCAGAGGGAGAUAUCAGAAAUUUGCUUCCUCUUCAUGCCUUUUUCCUUUUGAGUUGUGCCUUUUAGAAUAUAAGAUUAGGAGACGAGAGUACCUGUGUUUAUUGAUCUUAUAUAAGCUGUUCUCAUAGUCUUUUUGGCUAAAGAGCAGAUUAAAAAUACUGCUAGUGAGGAAGUGCAUAAGGAUGCUCAUUCAUGUCCUGUUGAAGUGGCUGGCUGCAUCUUUCGAUUAAUUAACUAGUCGUUACGUGUAACUAGUGUUUCAUAAACAGCAAAUGUAGGUCACCAGAGUGUGUUGAAGUGGAAAACAUCAGAUUGUGUGUGUGUGUGUGUGUGUGUGUGUGUGCAUUGUUCAUAGUAAGCCUGGAAAGAGCCAAGAUUUAGGGUAUCACAAAGUACGGCUCACAUCCUAAUUGGGAUUGUUGAAACAGAAAAGUGGGUUGGAGCUGCUCCAGGCCCAGUUACCUCUGGCUGGAGAUCUAUUCGUACAGAAAGAAGAUGAGCACAGGAACACAAAGGAAGAAGUGGCACGUUGGAGGGGCUGGUGUUGCACAAGAGGAUUGUAGGAAGUGAGCAGGAAUGUGGGAGUAGGCAAUGGGUGCACCUAGUAAGGUUUCUAGAUUGGUAUACAGAUGGUUAACUGGGAAAUUAUUGGGAAAAACUGAUAUGAGUUAAAUUUGCUGGAGAAUAUAUCGAUAGGGAAUUUUUCAUUCACCAGGACAAAUAGAUAUAAGUGGCGUGUUAUAAAUUAGCAUGAGAUAGAAUUCAAGUGAACCAAUGUCAUCCUUAUCCAAUGAACCAAAUAUUUCAUUGAUUCUAAUAAAUGAAUGGGCAUGUAUUAAAUAUGGAUGGAAUGUGUCAGGUUUCAGAAACUUCAGAAGCUCAUCUUUCAAGUUAUUCUUUUCCUUAGAUAAUGGAAUGCACUUUUCACAAGACUUCGUUUUAACUCAACUUUAUGUAUUGCUUACUCUCACAUUACACUAUACUACAGUAGGGGAAGUGAUUGUAAUCAACCCAAGUGAGAUGUGUGAGGUGUCGGCUUUUGUAUCACUUCUCCUCCUGUCAUCACCCCCACCACGCCCUGUGGAGCAAAUUGUUCUUUUUAGCUCAAGUUGUUCUGCUCUUGCACAGCUACCACUCAGUUUAACAACCUUACUGAAAGAAAUAUCCUGUGACGACUGUACCCAUAAUGUAAUGAUAGCUUAGAGAAUAAAGCAGUUCACAUUUCUUGAGAUGUUUUUAUUGUCAUAAUCUUGUUCUCAUGCCUCAGAAAGAAACCAGUCUGUUACUUUAGGGUUUCGUCCUUUAUGAUUUUGUUUUGCUUUCUUUCUAGAAAUUGUAGUGCUCUUGUAUAUUCUUGUAGGGCGUACUAUUGGCUUCACCCCAUUAGUUUGGCCAUCACAGCCUCAAAUUCUUCAAAACUGACUUCUCCAUCAUUAUUUUUGUCCAUCUCUUUGAAUACGGCAUCAAUAGUAGAAGCCUGUGAUUUUAAUACAAAACAAGAAGGUCAAAUCAGUGGAUGUCACCUUAGUGACAAUAAUAUUGCUAUUUUCUCUACUUUGAGAUUUGCUGUCUCUGUGAAGCAGUCCCUGGCUUAUACUUACUCAAGUCACUGUGUGGUUCAUUUUUAAAGUUUCUUAGGUUACCAUUUGAUAUUUGGCUUCCCCAGUUGUUUAACAAUGAGGGUCUAUAUAGAUUGUAAUCCUACACACACACACUUAGACUAAGUCAUACUCAGAGUAGAUCUGCUAAAAUCGAUGGACAUAAGUUAGCAGCCAAGUGGCUCUAUUCUGAAUAUACCUUUUAAGAUACAGCCAGUCGUUAAAUAAUUUGAGCACUUAGUAAGAACUAAGUGCUUUAAGGACUGGAAUGCCAGUUGUUAAAUAUUUUACUAUAAAUAAGAUACUAAAACUGAUAAUUAUAGCACUGGUGCUACAAUUACAAGCAAAUUUCUUAAACGCAAUGGUCAGUUUUGCUCCUGCCGUGGAGGACACCUACUGACAUGCUGCUCAUCUAAACUUCAGCCCAGCAUUUAUUGUGUCUCUGUUUCUGUGAUGGGUUGCUUACAGUGUUAGUCCUGCUCAGAGUAGACCCAUUGAUAGCAAUGAGCAUGACUAACGUCAUCAAUUUCAGUGGGUCUAGUCUGAGUAUAACUUAUGUGCCAAUGAACCUCCAGCAAUCUAUCUCAGGCAUUGUGGAGUAAAUAUAUAUACAUUAAAUAAAACAAUGUACAGUACAUUAUGGGACUAUGAGCACAUGCCUCAUUAGGAAAAAUGGAAAUGCUUGGGGCUUCAUUCUUUUAAAUUCUGCGCUUUCUGCAGUCUUGCUCUCUUCACCCCCAGUUAAAUAUUUGGCAAAUAUUUCUGUAAUUGCUUUUGGACAUUUCCACACACUUUCUUAUGCUGUCUCAAUGAAACAAUUAUGGACUUGCCUUUGGUACAUUUGGAAAUUCCUUCUCAAUUAAUUCUUUCAGUUCACAUUGGGAUAGUUGAUUAGGAUCCCCCCCUUUUGAAGCAUACUUGGCAAAAACCUUUCUCAAUUCUUCAGUAGAUGUCUUGGCCAUUUUAUAGAACUCCUGAAAAGGUAAUGUUCCAAUGUGCUCAAAUUAGAAAUAAAGAAAAGAACACAAAACUAGAAUAAGCUAACAAAAAAUCACCACAAAAGAUGAUAGAAAUAUGCAAAUCACUUGAUUAUUAUUUAUAUUUCACUCUUCUAUGAAAAACUAAACAAAGUGACUUACAAAUAAAAACAAAAUCAAAAGAUAACAAAAGCAGUCAUAACAGUCAAUCAGGAUUAUUUAAAAAACAGUGCAAAUAACUUUGUUUAAAACUGUUAUCUGCAACAGUUUUCUGUACAUGUUGCAGCUUCUGUUUUUCAGUCUUCCACAAUUGCAGCUACAGGGCAAAUUCAUAUAUUUAAACCUGUUACCUUAUCCUGAUCAAAUUGCAUGUCCAUUGAUGGCCCCCCACAUUUCUGUUUGCAAUUUGUAUGCAACCUACUGACUACCUGAACAGAUUUAUUGCAGCAGAAAAUAUAUGGGUGGUUUUUUUACACAUUUAUUCAAAAGUUACAAUACAGCUUUGUCCACGGUCAUAAUAUCACAGAAUGAUUACUCCAUUCUUCAAUCCCACAUGUCUGUCAUGUUGGCUCACCAAAUAUCCUCAGUAGGAACCCUACUACCAAUCUGGUUUACUAGACAUUUUCAAUCAAUAUAUCCCGUCCACAGACACGUCUGCAAUGCUGUUGGCAUUAAAAUACCUGGUUCUUCAGUGUUUAUGAUGAAGACUACCUACAGCUGCACCAGUAUGAAGCAAAAGCAAUAGAGUAAUGUAUUUGAAUUUACAUGUUACAUACUCAGGAUGAAUGCAAGGACAAGCAACAUUUUGAACAUAGUUUUUAUCUAGAACAGUAUUAGAAAGAUUGGGAAGCAGGUGAUCAACACAGAAGACAGGCGAGCAGCAGAUAAAAUGGUAUAUGGCAUGAAGAAAUAAAAGUUGAAAAAACUGAAUUUCUUGAUAUCCCGGCUUUCUGUCUGCCACUUUGUGGAGGCAAAAAAACCCCACCUGGUGAUACCCACUCACUCUACAAUUUCUAGGUUCAUUUCCUUGGAAGCACACCCUGCCCAUUUCAAAUUACUUCCAAUUAAGUGCGUUUUAGGAAUACUAACUUGGAACUUCAUCUUUUGCAAAGUUCAGUUCCCUGAUCCAGCAAGGGAAUUGCAAUGAUCAGCUACAGAUGGGCUAUUCAUUGUUGGUGGGGAUGUGCAAUCCUAAUUCUAUUGAACGGUUUAAGAAAGGCGCUUCCAUAGCCACUGUCUCACAUUGUUAAUUCUAACAAUAACAUUCUUGUAGCAUGAUUAUAAUAGGAUUUGAGCCGUUGCAUUUAAGCAACUGAACUCUGUGGAGGAUUAGUGCUAGGGCAUACCUACUUCGUGGUUUUUCAAUUCAUGCCCCUCAGAAGGGGCCUGGGGGGGUGAAUAUUGCACACGCACACACACCCCUUUAUAGGGGGGGUUGCUACAGGUUGAAAAAAAAUUACACAGCUUUUCAUAUGGCAUUCCCACAAUGCAAUACUAUAUAGUAGAAUUGCAUGACAAUACUUGCUGUUUUGUUAGCAAUGGCAUCUCUAAAUAAUAAGUGAUACUAUACUGCCAAUAGUAAAGCAAUUUAAAUAUGGAUAUCAAAUGAUUUCAGAACUAGUUGCAAGUGCCAGUUCUAAAUUAAUUUGUGCUGCAGGCUGAAAAUGGGGCUUGUUUUUCAGACUGACCAGAUGAGUUUUAAAAUGGAUAAGAAGUUGCAACUCGGUGUCAUGCAGGGUAGUAGCCCAAGACUGAGUAAACUACAGCUUCCAGGGCAAUUAUUUAAAACAAGCAUAGAUUAUCACAUGAAAUUCAGAUCUUACUUACCUUGCUCCGCAAACCUAAAACCCCCUGAAAUUGUCAAGGCAGCUUUAAAAGACACAGUUUGAGACUGGCAUUCUUAUAGUCAUCUGAGGCAGGAGUGUCAACCUGAUUGUGAAAUGUUUGUGUUGUUUGUUGCUAUUAACAAUAAUAAUUAAUAGUUUAAGUUUGUUUGUACUUCUUUCCCAUGUCUUUGUUUCCUAAUUAUAUUUCUGCAAGAAAGAACUCCCUUUGACUAGGGUUGCCACCUUUGUUCUGGCAAAAUACAGGACCGGGAGGGGCGGGGCGGUUGGGGCUGAUCCCCCCCCCCGCCAUCAUGCUUCAGAGCAAUCCAUUGCAAUCUACUGCAGCCUAACAGGAUGGCGCUGGAAUUUGACACAGAAAAUGCCCUUUCCCACACGUCCACCUCCCAAACCUCUGAGGACAGUGGAUCUAGCAAGAGAGUCCUGUACACCUGGAGAUAUUUCAGAUAUUUGUGACCAGAGUUGUUUAGGGCUUUAGUGUGAGCACAGUGAAUUGGGCCUGGAAAUAAACUGGGAUCCAGUGCAAUUCUUUUAAAAAUAGUGAUAGGAGUUCUAAAUGGAAUCUCAAGUAAUCUGGCAAAUUGAAGUUUCUGGGUCGUCUUCCAGGGCAGCCCCAUGUAGAAUAUUGUGGUCCAAUCAUUUCUGUAUAGGUUAGCAUUAGCGAAGGGUUUGUUACCAUUUUGGUGCUAAGUGGGUUUUUUCCACUAGGCUAACUUUUCACUCUUUUAAGCUGUUGCGAGUUUUUAUUCAUGUGAGUUUUAUCUUCUUCUAGCGUUGUUUUAGAGUUGUCUAUGUUUUUAAAGUUUUUAAGCUAUCCUUGUAAUGCUGAUGGGCCACUGAAGGACAGGACUACAUUUGGUGGAGGGAGGAUAUUUGCUACAGAUGCUUUGAGCUUCCAAGCAAAGAAAAAAAAGUAGAUUUUUCUUCUAAUCAUCAGAUUACAGGUGAAACUUGAAAAAUUAGAAUAUCGUGGAAAAGUUCAUUUAGUUCAGUAAUUCAACUUAAAAGGUGAAACUAAUAUAUGAGAUGUGUAGUGGCUCUUGAUGCACUAACUCCAGCCUCAGUCCACUCCUUGUGAAAGUCCCCAACACAUUUGAAUGGUCUUUUCCUGACAAUCCUCUCCAGGCUGCGGUCAUCCCUGCUGCUUGUGCACCUUUUUCUUCCACACUUUCCCCUUCUGUAUAACUUUCCAUUAAUGUGCUUCGAUAUAGCACUUUGAGAACAUCCAGCUUCUUCUGCAAUUCCCUUUUGAGGCUUUUCCUCCUUAUGGAGGGUCUCAGUGAUGGCUUUCUGCACAACUGUCAGGUCAGCAGUCUUCCCCAUGAUUGUGCUUCCUACUGAACCAGACUGAGAGACCAUUUAAAGGCUCAGGGACCCAUUGCAUGUGUUAUGGAUUGAAUAGCUACUGCACCUUUUCACAAUAUUCUCAUUUUCUGAGCUUGUUAAUUUAGGAUUUUCAUCAGCUGUACGCCAUGAUCAUCACAAUUAUAACAAAUAAAGGCUUGACAUAUCUCGCUUUGCAUGUCAUGAGUCUAUCUCAUAUAUUAGUUUCACCUUUUAAGUUGAAUUACUGAAAUAAAUGAACUUUUCCACGAUAUUAUAAUUUUUUGAGUUUCACCUGUAUGUCUUCAGUGUUGUAUCAGCUGCUUGCUGUUAUGAAACAUCUAAUAUUGUUUUCAUAAGAGUGAAUGGUGCGUUCUUUGUGUAGCAUUGAUCCUCAACCAUAUUUGACAGAAAUUUCAUUAGUUCAUAUAUACCCUUUGUGUGUACAUGGGAAGUGGAAGAGUAAAAUUGCCAUAUGAUGAUAAACUAAAAUCUCAAUUGAGCAAAAAUCUUUUAGCCUCUUGCAUUCUAAGCUUCAGUCUUAGCAAAAUGCUUAAAUGUUAAUUUAAAGUUAAAUCAAUGUAAAUAUUAUUUGAAAUCACUUGGUCAACUCACCUAACACAGUGUUGAGGCCUUUGUUUUUCUUUUUGUAAGUUUGAUUCUCCCUUUUCUGCUUAAGUUUAACUGGGUCAGGCCCAUUUUUUUCUGGGAAAGGAUUUCUAAAACGCAGAAGAUCCACAUAGUAAAUACACUGGGCGCUACACCUUCAUUAGAGCAAAGCACACCCAGUAUACUGUCAGUAGCUUAAUAUAAAGAACAGAGCUAAUGUUGAAACUCUUCCCUGACCCUCAACAUCUCAGUUUCAGUGGUAGUAUCAUCUGUGGGUUGAACCUAUUUUUAUUGUAUACAAUGUUGCUGUACUAGAAACAUGGGAAGAUUUAUGGGCAUGCAAGGUGGUGACCCGAGUGCUUUGUAUAGCAUAGAAAUAAUGUAAACCAAAGUAAAUAUUUUUCUUCGUUAAGGUCAUUGACAUGCCUGAACACAAUCCUGGAGACAUGGGAGGAACAAUGAGACUAGGGGAAAGGAAAACUAUCUUUAAUACAAAGGACUCUAUCUUAAGUAAGUCUUAAGUUCUUUGGCAAAUGUAUUUGCUUCUGUGAUAUAUAUAUAUUUUUAAAAAACCCAUAUCUGUAUGUGAAAAUAAUACAUAUUGAUAUAAUGUUUGCGGGCCUUAAGUGUAAUAAUGGUUUGAUUCAGUACCUUUUCUUAAUAUUUAGUUAUGAUCAUGGAAAAAUAAGGGGCCUAAUGUGUAUCGUCCAAAAAAGUAAUAAGUAGUCAUAUUCCCUUUUCUUCAGAAGUCCUGCUUUUUAAUAUACGGCACAGUCUUUAUGGUUUAAUAAGACCAACUAAAAUUUGUUGACCUGUUCAGAUUUAUGAAAAGUGUGCUUCCCUUGUAAAGCAUAAAUCAAAAGCCCCCUUGAUACCACAAGAAAGCACAAAGCACCUCGUCUUCCCCCUUUUCUUUCCCGGCUGUAGUAGGGAUCCUCAAAUUUCAGAAAAUAAUUCAAAUACCUUCAGAAAACCAGUCCCGGUUCUUUCGGUAGUUGAUUGAUUGCAGCCCAUUUGCAUAUGAAGCUUCGGGAGUGCCUCUUGAUUAACGCCAAUUAUCCAGAUUAAGGAGGAACCUUCCUCAAAGUAACAGAGGCUAGUCUAUGAUGGGGGCACACUCCCAGAUCGCUCCCGUUCUGCCUUCCAAGUUGGCAGACACAGGGUUGCACGACACUGUGGGAUGCAGUGGACUUCCCAGACCCCACUGGAAAGCACCAGGAGGAUUUAUGCCUCAUGGCAUCCCUUUCCCCUGCCUGAACUUCUUUGAAGCCCCUGGAAGGGCUACGGAGAACAACCGCCAUUGAAUUGUGGGCAUGGCUGGAAACCUGUACUUCACAUUCUAAGUUGUGCACUAGCCAAGCACAGCCUGCCUACAAUCUAUCCUUUAUUAUUGUUGCAUAUUUGUUCUAACUUUUCCAUCCCAGGUUGAAAAAGAGUACAUUCACAUGAAAACUGGAUUUUAAAAAACUCCGUCAGAAUUGUGGUUCAGUAAAUAUCAAACACAGGCUGUGUUGCAUUCUUCAACAAUCAAAUUCCAGAAAAUGAGGGGUGCUAAAAAGUUGUAACAUGACUUAGGCAUUCAGAGUGUAUUUUGAUUACAUUUAUAUAUUUAGAUAAGUUUAAUGUGUGUAAAAUUGCAUGCACAUCAUUUAAAAUGAUUGCCAAGCACUUGAAGUUAUAUUAUUAUUAUUAUUAUUAUUAUUAUUAUUAUUAUGCAUUACCUGACACUUUCAGGUGGUAAAAUUAAAAUUCUUUGCUUUUAUGGGAGCAGUUCAUGUGCUCCUUCAUCAACCAUAGAUUUACCAAGCUAAACGUUAUCCAAUCACAAAAUUAAUAGCAGAUUUGAAUUUCUCACACCCAAAAACAUAUUUUAGGACCCCUCAUUGAAUAAAUUAGCAAAAAUUAAGUUUCGCCUGCUAAAAUAACACACCGUAACACACAUGCCACUGAAGAUAAGAACUUGUCAAAUAACAAACCUAUUAAGCUAUUCAUUUUCAUGUAAGCUGUAUAAUUUCGCCUUUAGGCAGUAUUGUUUUUGACAAGUAGUGCAAUAAGCAUAAUCAUAAUACUUUGGAUUUAUAAUUAAAACACUGGUAUUAAUUAGGAAGACAUUGUUAAGGAGCCAUUUAACUCAUAACGUGAGGAGUGUAAUCUCUCAGCCCUCCCGGAAGAGGCACUUAUAGUUGCUGUGAGAGAUGGAAGCUCCAGAUUGCUUUCCUGUUUGUAAAUAACUGGAUUGGGGGGGAAACUAACUUGGGGAAAAAGACAGAAAUUUCAUGACUGUGUGAUCAUUUGUUUAGAUUGGUGGUUGUAGAGUCAGUGAAAUACCCCCCUGCUUUUGUUGACCUGGGGCAUAUGCUUGUUUUAGAUAUAUCAGUUUUCUAGCUCCUUUAUUCAUGAUCUUAUUAUUGUAAGGAAGCUUUGCUUCAAGGCAAAGGAAUAGUUUUGGGUCACUGCAGUAAGAGUGCCUCAUUCACUUUCUCCGAGACUGGCUGGCCAUCUCCAUGGGAGGGUUUGUGACUUCCUUAUGACUUUCCUUUCUCGUGGCCCCUCAUGUCAUCCUAUCUCCCUCUGUCCCAGGGACCCUGGAUCUGUGAACUUCUGGAAAGUGAGGUUGACCCCUGAACUCUCAUGCCAUUUCACUUUUUUAAAUAGUAGUAGUUAGUGUGUAAUACUUUAAGAUGGAUGGGCAAGCUUAGUGUCAGAGCAUCUUCCUUAUUCGCUGAAGGUCCCAGGUUCUGGGGAGUCACUGCUAGUCACUGUUGACGGUGCUGAGCUAGAUGCACCAAUGGUCUGACUCUGUAUAAGGCAGCUUCCUAUGUUCCUGGCCAUUCUUUCUGCUGAAUUUCACAAGCAUCCAAGAUAGCUGCAAAGAAACUAUAUUCCAGUUUAGGCUUUGCCACAAAAAGGGAAGUACAGAAAAUAUUAUGAGCUGCAGAAGAAUGGACAUGACAUAGAAUUUGACAUGAGGUCUCUUGAAGCUGCACUUCUAAUCCCCAUCUGACAUGUCUUUUAGAUACAUGCUUCACUAUCUUCAAAAAGAUGUGUUUUUGAAGUAUUUCUCUUUUAUUCCAGUCCUUCUCCUCCAAUUUCUUAAACUCUACAUAUAACCCCAAUCUGCUUUUUGUCCUUGUUUGUUGUGUAUGUUAUAAGAUGCAGGAAGUGUCUAGUUGCCUCUGGCAAGGUCCGCAUGUAGUCCGGGAAGAUAGGGAGCCCUAAAGUUUGUUUUAAAAUUCUAAUGAUCUUCCUUGCUUAUCUUUUAGAUAUGUUCAGCAUUGUCCUGCCACAUUACAUGGCUAGACUGCAUCUAUUUGAAUAUCUGUGUUCUUUUAUACAUAAUUGAUUGGAAAAAUAUUAGAUUAUACACAAAAACGUUAUUUUUACUUGUAACAGUACUGCAGAAGUAACCCUUUAAAUGUAUUUGUAGGGAAACUUUAUGGUGAUGAAGUUUUUGUGGAAGAACGACACAGGCAUCGCUAUGAGGCAAGUAACUGCUAAUGUAAUUUUUGCUGUCUAUCAGCCGUGCUCAAUUUGGAGUCAAGGCAAUGCCACGUGUUCAUUCCAUCAGGUUUUCAUAGUAAGGCCAUGAGAACUAUUACCUAAGACUGUAUAAAACUACAGACAAAUGUAGGCUUUAAAGGGGUGUGGCGGAAGUGUAUUUUAUCAGCAUUUCCCUUCUCUGGAAUGGAAAGUCUUCAUAGAAUCUGCAUAAUAAGUCUAAACCAUAAAGUCUUAUGGACUACUGCUUGAGGUAUGGCACCACAUACCCAUUCAACAAGGAAAGUCCCAAACCUUACUGCAAAUAAACUCAGUGCAAGGUGGUGUUUCCUUCUAUGUGCUGUUCCUUAAAUAUGGAGGAGGAGAUAAAAUCCUUCACAUAGGGGGACAAUCCCAAAAGAAGCUAAAGAAACACUUGUCAGCCAAAGUGAGGCUUUAUGAAGCAGAGUCCACUGGAAACAGAGUUGCAGAAAAGAGUCCAGGGUCAUUCAGGCCCGGAGUUUAUCACAUCAGUAUUGAUACUCAGAGCCACCUGAAAUUAGGGGUUUGAAGGUUUGAGAAUAGGCACCCAGAUAGGCACUCUAAAAACUUAAGCAGAAUGUCUACCAGCAAAACUAAUGAAAAUGCACAAAGGAAACUCGGAGAAAGGGAAUCAUGGAGGUCUGAGGGGAGACUCAGGUAGGAAUCAGGAGAUUCCGGACACUCAGUUCAGAGAUUCAUUUUAUAAAGUGCCUCUUCAAAAGGACACAUGAAAACUCAGGACUCUCCAUAACCAAUCAACAGCAUUGCUUCGACUAGAUGAGGAACUGAGGAAGAUUAAGCAACACGGUUUCAGGAGGUCCCAUGCUAUUAUAUGGAGAGUAGCUGCCACUGAUCUGGUGCCCACCAGAGGUAUUGAACUGUAACCACCAUCAUUCCUGACUGUUAGCCAUGCUGUCUGAAUCUGAUGGAAGUUGUAGUCCAAAAGGAGGGCACCAGUUUGGAGAAGGAUGGCAGAGGGGGUGGACACUGCCUUGUCUCUUUUAAUAGGGUUAGGUGGGAAAUUUUCAAGUGUACUUUGACUCAGCUUGCUAGAUCUUUUCCAGACUAGCUAACGUUUGCAGACAAAAGUAAGCCUCUGAGUCAAGCUGCUUCUGAGAGGACGCAUAGAACAAUAGCAGAAUACUGCACUCUGGCAACAAAGGACUUAAAUACAUUUUUUUCUGAUUCUGUUUGUUUUGUUACUAGGCUACACAAUAGUAUACAGGCAAAGACAGCUUUCUUUCUUUCUAUCCAUUAUACUUCUUAACAUUGAGUGUUUUUUCUCUCUUCCAGAAAUGAUAAAUGAGUAUUUCCUUUAAAACUGAUUCCCAUAUUUUGUAAUACCUGCAAAUUGCAACAUAUGCUGAUUGCUGUUUUGAAAUCCAUUGUCUCAGUUCAAGGUGCUGUGAUUGAACCAGGAUUUGGUAAUCAUUAGUGCCUUUCAGGAUUUCUUCCAUUCCUGUUCAGCUGGAUAUCCAAAUUGAGCAAAUGCUAUUCAGGAAACCCUAUAUGAAGUUUCACCAUUUCAAACCUGGUUUCAAAUGGUGGUUUGGAGACAGCUUUCAGCCAUAGCUUUCCUGAUGUGGAAGUCAGGCCAAACCAUGUUUGAGCAAAGGGGUAUCUAUACACAAGGGGAAGAAGGAGGAGUGCGAGUGUGUGGCACUCACAAAUACCAAACCAUGGUUUGGACAUUAUGUCUGAAACAGUCUUAUCAUGUUAUUGUUAGUCCUGAAAGCUUUCUUUCAUUAGAACCAUCUAAAAAGGUAUGUUUCAGCAAGAGAGAGAGAUUAUUGUAGCGCAAUAACCAUCUAUAUGCAUUGCCAAUACUGAUUCAUAUGUGGAUGCACAUCUCCACAGGUAUUGCAGUUUUCAUCUUAAAAGUAUGUUUAUCUUCUCUCUUUUGCUUUGCUCUUUCAAAGGUGAACCCUGAGUUGACUCACUUCUUUGAAGAUAAAGGUUUGAGAUUUGUUGGCCAUGAUACUGAAGGGAAAAGGAUGGAGGUCAUUGAGUUGAAUGGUAAGGGCUUUGGUUUUUAGCUGCAGCAUUCUCAUAUAUAGGAAAUGGAGGGUUCACUGUACAGAACCACACCUGACAGAUACACACUGGAGAGGACUUUUAUCUGCAGUUCUCAUUCGGUCUUCUGUUAAAAAGAAGGAAAGCAGAUUUCAGUUAUUUCAGGAAGCCACAUUUGUGAAGAGGGAAUUGCCCUGUUUUGGUCUAUAACGACUCUAUUUUCAAGUAGCAGCUGGUCAAAUGGUAGGCUACAUGAACCUGUAGAAAGAAAAUAUGCUUCUUAGUUAAAAAAACAGCAACAAAAAACAGCCAGGCAGCCUAAUUUUGGAGGAUAUGUUCCACAGUCUGUUUUGCUCUAAGGGAAAAUGGGCUGGAAAGAGGUACAGAAGAUGCCUUGCCUUGGUGGUUUUAUAUACCCCAGACACAUCAGCAGACACCCAAAAAAUGGCUGAUUGCUUUCUUGUGGCACAUUUUGUGGAGACACAAUCAUUCAGCUUUACACAAAUACUCAGCUUUAACUGUUCUUGCAGAUGUUUCAAGUCUAAAUUGUUCUUAAGGAAAAUGUUCUUAAGGAUAGACCACUCACAAAAUGUCCUGCUUAUUUAUUUGAAAUGUCUAUAUAUUCGUUUUUUCAAACAAAACUCCAAAGUGACUAAUCACCAGUAUGCAUAUAGAUUGACUUACAGCCAUUUAGUCAUGGCUAUUUACACUUUAAAGGUGUUGCUGCCCAAUAAGGUAUGUUUACAACAUAUUUUUAUUUACUGCUAACCACAAAGUUUGAAAUCUCUGUUUUAAAGCAGACAGUGUAAAAGUCUUGAAUUCCAGGCACUGACAUUUGUCAAUACUUCACAUUUAGGAAUAUACAUAUCCUUUGUCACAAAUGUAUGAUACUGAUAUUAAAAACUGAAUUAUUGCAGAGAUACUAGCUGUCUGUAAAAACAAAAAUGUAAAUUUACCUGAUUAUGAAAGCCUGAAGCCCAUAAUGAUUAAAUUUGGCUCCAGGAUGUGACAGAAAGAAGUAUUUCUAUAGUCUCAUGCUGAUAUGGCACAAAACAUAGGUUGUCCUUUUGGAGGUAUUUCAAAACCUAUAAGAAAAAACUGUCUAAGUGCAUUUGUUUUAUUUCUGCUAUAUUGCUUCUGAUUUACAUACUGAAAAUAGUUCUGCACAGAUCUUGAUAAAAUAUGACAGUGUUGUUAAACACUGCUGCUAUGAAAGAAAUAACAUAAGCAAUGCUAUAUAUAUAUUUUUCCUUUGUCACAUUCAUAUCAAAUCAUAUCAUCACAUACAACUUUGCUCAUACCGAGCAUCGACUCCCCCCCCCCACUCCCUGACUUUCUUAAGCAAUCACAAUCCUCUUCGCAUUUCUAUAUCACCCUAUUUACCUUCUUACUAUACUUUUAAAAAAAUUCUUUAGUAUUUGUAAAUCAGUUUCAAAAAUUAUCAUUACAAAAUAUUUUAAAUCAAACCUGCAAAUGUUCUCCAAUUUUUUCAAUGUUCUUUCAUAUAUUGAAUAAAUUUACUCCAGUCCUUUUCAAACAGUUCGUCAUGCUGGUUUCAGAUUCUCCCUGUCAGUUUUGCCAGUUCUGCGUGUUCAAUCAUUUUUAUCUGCCAUUGUUCCAAAGUUGGAAGUUCCUGCUGCUUCCAUUUCUGGGCUAAAAGUGUCCUUGCAGCCGUGGUAGCAUACAUAAACAUAUUUAAGUCUACUUUUUGAAUUUCUUCUCCCACAAUAGAAAAGCCUCCGGUUUUUUAAUAAAAGUAUAUUUAAAGAUCUUUUUCAAUUCAUUGUAUAUCAUAUCCCAGUAGGCUUUACUACACAUCCACCACAUAUGGAAGAAAUUCCCUUCCUUCUACUUGCAUUUCCAACAUGCUUUAUCUUGAGUUCUAUACAUUUUAGCAAGUUUAGUUGGCAUCAAAUACCAUCUAUAUACAUCAUCUUCAUUAAAUUUUCCUUAAAGCAAGCAAUGCAAUCCUUAAUGGUUUUCCAGAAUCUGUUUUGGGUGGCAAGGCAAGACUUUUCAUUCGUAGCAAAAAACAAAUUAGCUAAGCAAAGAAAUACAGUUGCCUUGCCACUAAUAGGCAAAGUAUGCAAGUUUUGAUAUGCUUGUGGGGUGGGGUGGAGUGUUUAUUCUACCGACUGAAGCAUCUUUCCCCUAUGGCAAGUGUUUUUCAACUGAGAGGCCUGUGUUGAAAGCAGAAAGUAGCUAAUUGCAAGGAAGGUUCACUUCCGCUAUUGUUACCUCUUAGCACUGAUAGGCUAAGUGGAAAGCAUUUCAAAGGAGGAAGAUAAUUGGGUGGAAGGAAGAAUUAAAUGGAAUAUGGUGGUGGGAGGGUGUGGCUGGCUGAACAGAAACAUAGACCACACUGCAACAUUUUGUUGCAGAUCCCACUUAUACUAACCUAUGUUGCAAUAAGAUUUAUAACAAGAUAAUUUCUAUGAUGUUCUUUGAACCGUAAAGCUAUCUAAAAUUUACAGACAUUAGCAUUUAUAUUUUAAAUGCUAACUACAGUGGUACCUCAGGUUAAGUACUUAAUUCGUUCCGGAGGUCCGUACUUAACCUGAAAUUGUUCUUAACCUGAAGCACCACUUUAGCUAAUGGGGCCUCCUGCUGCUGUCAUGCCGCCGGAGCAUGAUUCCUGUUCUCAUCCUGAAGCAAAUUUCUUAACCUGAAGCACUAUUGCUGGGUUAGCGGUGUCUGUAACCUGAAGCGUAUGUAACCUUAAGCGUAUGUAACCCAAGGUACCACUGUAAUAUAAGUCAUUGUAAUUUAAAUAGUUUGUAAUAUUAUUAGUGUUAUAUUUUUGCCUUUUAACUUUUUUUUUUUUUUUUUUACUUUUCUCUGUGAUUUAUCUGUAGAUCACCCAUAUUUUAUUGGUGUCCAGUUCCACCCAGAGUUUUCCUCAAGGCCUAUGAAGCCAUCGCCUGCCUACCUUGGCCUUUUGCUUGCUGCAACAGGGUCUCUCAGUGCCUACUUGCAACGUGGAUGUAAAUUGUCUCCUAGGUAACUUUGGUUUUUUUGUUUUGUGUGAUUGCUGCUUCAUAAAAAGCCUUCAUGAUUGAUGUGCAAUUCCAGAAAAGCAAAGUUACUUUUGAAGUGUUUAUUAUUAGUUAUUAUGUGUACUAGAAAAAUUCUGAAUAAUGAUUAGUUUUAAAAGGUCAUUUGAUGAGUUGAUAUAUUGCUUUUUCUAUGGGAGCCAAAUAAACGUAGAGGUUGAGAAACCCACCCCUAAAUCCCAGGCAAUUAAUUAAGUCAUGAUUGUCUGCAGGGAACAAAAGCUGAUUAUCAUAAAAGAUUUCUGGAUUUCUAACUUCCCUUUUUUAUUUAUGGAUGUUUCACAGGAAACAAUUACUUGGAUUCAAAGGUCUCACUGAAUAAGUAAAAUAUACUUCCCUGGAGAUUGGGAGAGGGGGUGUCACUGACCAAAUACAGAGGAAGAGGGACCCUCUAGAGCAGACCUUUCCAAACAUUUCCUGUUGGUCACACACUUUUUAAACAUGCAUCAUUUUGCGACACAGUAAUUCAGUUUUACUAGCAAACCAGAGGUUAAACUAACCCCUUUCCAGCCCCGGGAGGAGCACAAUGUGUGUUCACACAACACACCCACAGACUGCAGCCGACACACUAAUGUAUCGCGGCACACAGUUUGGAUAGCUGUGCCCUGGAGUGAGGGUUUGGGGCUGCAGACAGUAGGAGGAGAAGAUUGGCAAUACCCCCACCCCAUAUGAGAGCAAGUACCAUCUUUUCAUACAAGAUCCUUAGAUUAUUAGGAUUAUUUAUAAUUUACACCCUUAACUGAAAUAAUAACAAUUUGUAACAACUUAUAAUCAUGUUCGGGACACGGGUGGCGCUGUGGGUUAACCACAGAGCCUAGGACUUGCUGAUCAGAAGGUCAGCAUUUCAAAUCCCCGUGACGGGGUGAGCUCCCGUUUCUCAGUCCCUGCUCCUGCCAACCUAGCAGUUCGAAAGCAUGUCAAAGUGCAAGUAGAUAAAUAGGUACCGCUGUGGCGGGAAGGUUAACAACAUUUCCGUGCGCUGCUCUGGUUCUCCAGAAGCGGCUUAGUCAUGCUGGCCACAUGACCCAGAAGCUGUACGCCGGCUCCCUUGGCCAAUAAAGCAAGACCCCAGAGUCACGACUGGACCUAAUGGUCAGGGGUCCCUUUUUAUAAUCAUGUUCAGUCUAGAGCCAUCUCUAAACAAUACUGUGUUUUGUAUUAUUAAUUUGUAACAGCGAUUGUAAAUUGUAACAGACUUCCAAAAUGCCAUGCUUUUCAUUUUCAUACAGAAAUUGGUUGCUUUCAGCUGAUAAUGUUAUAUCUGUACCGAGAUAUGAAAGAAGAGAAAUGGCUUUUGUAUAAUAAGAGAUAAAAUAUAUGUUCUUGAAUUAAUUCUUGAAAUUACAUAUUAACCGUGCUAUUAACUUCUAAGUAAGUGUGUUUAGGAUUGCAGCCUAAAAUACCUCGACAUGCUUUUUUCACGUGCCCCACCCCCUUCUCCUCCCUUUCCAAAGCAGGAAGAGACAAACCAAAGUAUUGGCUCAGUGUUAUGUACAGAACAGUUCUUGUGGCUUGUUUCUCUCUGGGCACACUGCAAGAAGAAGCCAAGACCAAAUGUUUUGUUCUUCUCAUGGUUUGUUUUCUCCCAGGUUUGGAAAGGGUGUGCAACCGUAGCUUAACUUGGUAUGUUGUGUGAACCAGGUCAUCGUAUUUUAAUAUCUUUUUAAUUUUUUGUGCAAUAUGCAAAACUGUUUCAUAAUACCAUGUUCUAUUCCAUGCUUCCUUGGGUACAUUCAGAAGAAAGUAAGUACAGCAGCAGUAAGUACAAGAUCUACCGGUAUGUCUCUGACCAUGUUGUUACUAGUGCUUUAAAAUCAGUGACUAGCAAAACACCCCUCAUUACAACAGAAGCUAGUACCAAUCGCUCCUCUCAAAUGGAGUCCCCAUCAGCAGGCACUCUGCUUCCCAGGGUCAGGGGCAAGCUGAAUCUCAACUGAAUCCUUGAGAACAGUGCUGUGUCCCCCAACCUCCCAAAAGAACUGCAUGGCUGCUAUUCUUGUCUUGACUAUCAUAAAAGCAAACUGCUGCUUUCAAGGACACCUUUCAGCUGAAACUUAAACCUUCUCCUAUCCUUGACAUGGGAUGUGGGUGGCGCUGUGGGUUAAACCACAGAGCCUAGGACUUGCUGAUCAGAAGAUUGGCGGUUCGAAUCCCCACGAGGGGGUGAGCUCCUGUUGCUCCGUCCCUGCUCCUGCCAACCUAGCAGUUCAAAAGCGCAUCAAAGUGCAAGUAGAUAAAUAGGUACCGCUCUGACGGGAAGGUAAAUGCCGUUUCCGUGCGCUGCUCUGUUUCCCCUGAAGCAGCUUAGUCAUGCUGGCCACAUGACCCAGAAGCUGUAUGCCGGCUCCCUUGGCCAGUAAAGCGAGAUGAGCGCCGCAACCCCAGAGUCGGACCUAAUGGUCAGGGGUCCCUUUACCUUUACCUUAUCCUUGACAUUGCUGAGGAUGGGUUGGGAUGAUAGAGAUGUUACUGAGACUGGGUGGAAUGGUAGGAGUGUCCCCCCCCCCAUGGUCUCCUCAAUCACUUUUCUUCACUUAGAAAGCGGUCAGAGCACAGAGAAGGUUUGUUGUUGUUUUGUAAUCAGGUGUGGAGGGAGCUGAUAACCAUGGGGUGCCUGGGUGCCCAACAACACAGGGCUGGAGAAUCCAGCCCAAAUAAGAGCUUGUUGAACAAUUCACUUCCUCGCGGUUACAGAAAUCUUGGUGAUCCCUAUGUAUCAAAGCAAUAGAAGUUCUUGUUCAGAAAUGGAGAGUCAAUGGAUUCAUUCAGUCACCCGUAUACAACCAGAAGACAGUUGAGUAAUGGUUUCUGAAUGCACCCCCAAAGCAUCACCAGCAGUCAUGGGCAGUUGCAACUCUGCCAUCAGAUGGAAAUCAAUACCAAAUGCUGUACUUAGGCUGUUAAUGCUUACCAGAACAGCUGCUUAAACCAAACAAGGGUUGCAAGUAGCACCCAUGAAAUACAAUAGUUUAUAAGAGGGACCAUAAUAUUUUACUCUGCCAUUCUACUGACAUAAGAAGAUUGACUCAGUUUUGAAAGUUAGAAAUAUGGCUUGAAUAAUAACAGAUUUUCCUUAAACAAAUGUUUGCAUCUAGUGACAUUCAAGGAUGUUUUACAAACUAUGUAGCAUAUGAAACCUGAAAGAGACUACUGCCCUUCAAAAAAAUAUUAAAUAUGUAAUCAUUUUCCUAAUUUGGAACUCCUGGCUAAAAUAAGGGUGGAUUCAGAUGACCACACUGUUUAUGGGUGUUGCAUGUUGAUUGUGACUGAUACACAAUUGCUGAACCAUGUCAAGUAUUUAUCACCCGGUGACUCAUCACAAAAUAGAUUUCUCAUCUGCUUAGCGCAGCUAAGAUGCUAUCAGCAGGAAGAAAGCUGUCAUAUGUUGAGAUUACUACUUUGUUAAUCAUCCUGAGGGAAUGAGCAGCCAAAGUUAAACAGUUUUUAAGGUUUACUGAUUUCCAUAAGGAAGAGCAUUUAAUAUGUGUUUAAUUCUUCCACUGAAACUAAUGGGAUUUGAAAAUGCUUUAUAUUGAUUGCUAUUGUACUAAUAGAGAUUAAUAGUUGAAGGGGAAGAAAUACGAUUCUUAUUCAUUCUCAGGACAGCCACAGGCAGGAUUCCCACAUUGCAGGGGGUUGGACUAGAUGACCAUUGGGUGCCCUUCCUAGUGUACAAUACUAUGAUUCUGAGAUUCAUUCAUUCAUUUCUGUUCAGUGACAGCUAUGGUGACCUUAGUGAUGACAGUUUUCCAGAAAAAGAAUAUCCCGAAUCAGAAAGAGGCUGAACACCGAAGAGGAAGAGCAUGGAAGAAACAGGUAAACUAGAUCCAUAGAGGGAGAUCCCCCCCCCCAAAGAAAACCAAAUACCAGCUUUAGAGGUGACAACAUUUUCUUCCCAUUUGCUUCAAGGUAAAAUGGUUCAGUUGUUUAUUUAUGGGCUUGCUUAUAGAGAUAUUAAUUGCACAUGUAGAAAAAGUUGUUGCAUAGUAGUAACUCUUUUUCUUCUUUCUUUCUUUCUUUCUUUCUUUCUUUCUUUCUUUCCAGUAUAAAAAAAAGAAGUGGAAGAAAAGGCAUAAUUGAAAAGAUCAUUCCAAGCAGGGGGAAACCUAUUACAUUUUAAAACCACCAGAGAAGACUAACAUCACACAGCUGCUUUCCAUAUAUCUUGUGAAGAUCCCCUUGUGUUCCAGACAAUGCUUCUGCUGACCCAGAGAAAAAAAGCAAUUCCAUUUAAGCAUUAUAGCUCUUUUAAAAUUGCAUAAAGGACUGUCUCACUCUGUCUCAUGUUUUCAGGUAAAUGUUAGCUUUGUGCUAAUUUUUGAUGACUGGAAGGUAUGGGAAUAUUUUGAAUACAUUUCUAAACCAUUUGAAAUUUCAGAAGCCCUUAAUAGCAUUGCUUAUCAAAUUAAAAAAUGAAACUGUCCAAUAUACAUAAAUAUGAUCAGUACAGAUUUGUUUUACGUCUGUUUCCUUCAUAUUGUUAUUCGAUUGACAGAUGCCUCUGAUGCAUUAUAACCCUGUCUAAUUUCUCAAGUGAUGCUGAUUUAUUUCUAUAUAGAAAUAAAAUCUUGGUCUCCACCAUUGUACAUGAUGAUUGUCCUUCGACAAAAGUAAUGUAGAAAGUAUUUGCUGCACAGUACCAAUCUAAUAAAUAAUAGAGCAGAAGCUUGUGAUGCUACAGAUACAUAAAAUCUGACUACAUUAAUGAAAAAUAAUUGGGUUCAUCAUACAUUUAACAUAACAGAUUGGGGAGUAAUAGUUGGAGACAAGCCCAUAUCUUAGUUUCUAUAUCUGUGGCAUACACAUGUUAGGGAGUUGGUUGUGAACAUUUAAUCCUAAUUCCUUGUUUUGGUCUCCCAGCAGAGACUAGUUUGUGCCAUGUGAUCUCAUCUGUUUGGGGAUGCUCUAAUUUGUGGAAUAUUCAAACAGCUACUAGGGACACGGGGACAGUUUCUCUUUGGGCCCCAGAGAGGUUCGGAGACUGGUAACUUCCAGAUACAUUUAUUUUAGUUAGAACCCUUUUCAGCAUGUCUGCUGCAGUAGAGUAGCAGUGUCACUAUUGCAGCAGCAAAGGAUUGCUUUUUGCACUGCUUCUUUUGAGAGCCCUUUUGAGGUGAGUGGAGCUAUGUCCAGACACGAGCUAGCUUGAUGGCAUGCCUAUUAUUAUUAUUCUUAGAGGAAGAAAGGGAAUAAGAAGCUGUGUGUUUUAAUAUUCUAUGUCACUACGGGAAAGUGCCCUGUUAUUCAAGUGCUGUAUGUUUUUAAAGCGAUUUCCCCUCCAAAUAAAAUUCUGUACUUUAAGAUGAUAUUUUACCAACUGCAUUAGAAAACCAUUAGUUUCCUAAUGUUCAGGCCAGUGUAACAUGUGAAGAGAAAACUGGGAAAAGUAACUUUGUUCUUGUAUUUUUUUAAUGCAUAGAUAAAUGCUUUGGAAAAUUUUAUGAGAGUUGAUGCUGCUAGAUGACUGAGUCUCGGUUAUCAUACAUUGAUCGUUGCCAUCUAAAGCAUGUUAGAUUUUCUUAAAGAUUUCCUGUAAGUUUAAAUUGAAUUUUGAAAUGUAUUAAAAUGUUAAAUGAAGAUAUGUCUGUUAUUUUAUAUUGCACUCACACAAUAGAGCAUGAAACUCUUAAUUUCAGGGUUGUGGGUUUGAGCCCAAGUCCUUCAUGGCAGGGAUUGGGCUAGUUUACGCUUCAAACUUUACAGUUCUGUUAUUCUAUUGGCCUAGUGAAUUUGGCUAAAAGUUUCAUUGGAUUUUAAAAAGAAAGUAUAGCUCACAUGCCCUCUUUCCUUCUGCUGGAUAGAUUAUGGCAAAUAGCAUUUUCUGACGAUUCAGCUGUGGGCUACAAAAUAAGCAGGGUUAGGGUGCACACUCUUGUCAUGUUUUUAUAAUUCACACUUCAUACAUGAGGACUAAAAACUGACUAUAUAAGACAAAAUGUAGUGGCCUAAACAUACAGAUGGCAUCCAGGUUUACAUUUUGUUUUCAUCUAACCCAGAUGAGGCAGUGGGCAUUCUGAACCAGUUCUUGGGUUUGCUAAGGAGCUUAUUGAAGCGAAUAAACAGACCCAUUCCAGGCAAAACAAAGUUGCUGUCAUUGGAUGGUGCUUCUGUCCAUUUGGGGGUUUGUUUAAUCUGCAUUGGAUAGAGUUGUACUCGCCCUAAAGGGAAGGCUUGUUAUUUGCAGGUGCUUUUAGAUCCAGCACUGUCACUUGAGGCUCAGUAGCAAGCAGUGCCUUUUAGCAGCUUCACCUGAUCCAUCAGCUAUGACCCUACCUGUACAGAUAGUCUCAUGGCAGUUACCUGUACUCUGUUAAUCCCCCAGUUGGAUUACUACAAUGUAUUAGAUGUAAGCCUGCUUUGAAAACAGUUGAUCCCAAACAAGGUAGCCAGCUUAAUUGGUGAGGCCUGGUAAAUAAUCAUUUACCAGUCCUUUCGGAUCAACUGUUUUCAAAGCAGGCUUACAUCUAAUCACAUUACAACAGGGGCUCAUAAUCUGCACUAGUUUCCUGUCCAUUUCUGGGCCCAGUUCAGUAUGUAGGUUUUGACCUUUUGAAGAUCUAAACAGCAUGGGGCCAGGUUACCUGAAGGAUUGCUUUCCCCAUAUAUAAUGACCCAGACCCUGAGAUCUUUGGCUCUCCUCCAGGUCCCCCCCACCUAGUGAAGUAUGAUGAGUGGCUACUAAGGAGAUGACCUUUUCGGUGGUCGCACCUCUGUUCCCAGAAACUCACCUAUUUUAGGUGGGAUGCUUUAUGCCAAUUUUAAUUGGGUUUCUGCAUCAUCAUCAUUAUCAUCAUGAUUAGGGUUUUUAAUUGUAAAUUGUAUUUUUCUUUUAAUGUCUGUGUAAACUACCCAAAGAAUUUGCUUGGAUGUGCUGUACAAAAACAUAAUAAAUACAUUAAAUAAAAAUAAAUAUUUUUGGACCUACCAUAACCAGUCUCCAAGGACAGGUACAAUCAUGUCCAUGCUGAUAUUUACCUCACUUCUGUACUAAUGGGAAGAUGUACAAAUGAAGCAUAUAGAUUUUGAAUAGGACCAGGAGUUUUUUGAAAUGGAGACAGCUAAUUACGAUCACAUAAUUUGAAUAAACCAGGUAUUAACUUUUUAUCUGUAAUUAUUUACUAUGUAAAAAUAAUUUAUUAUGAGAAAAAUGUGCUGCAAAAUAAAAGUGUUGAUAAGGUCUUCUAAGUUAGUUAUGGCCACAUGACCUGGAAAAGCUGUCUAUGGACAAACGCCUGCUUCCUCGGCCUGAAAGCGGAGAUGAAUUCCGCACCCCAGUUAAAUUUGACUGAACUUAACCAUCCAGGGGUCCUUUACCUUUACCUUUCACCUAGGUUAAAAAAUAAAGAAAAAGCAAAACCAUUAUUUAGUCAACUAUUGACGAGGCCUUAGAUGUUGAAUCUAAAUUAGUUUCUAAGAAAAUCAGGGUAUGAUCCUCAGAUCCUUGGUAUGUCACCAAUUUUAGGAGCAUGGGAAACUGCCUUAUAUUGAGUCCGACUAUUAGUCUAUUUAACCAGCAUGCACUGACUGGCAGUGGCUGUCCAGGGUUUCAGAGGGACUGUGACAGAAUGAGUCUUGCUGCCAUUAAAGCACAGUGGAGCAACAGAGAAGCCGCCCUGAUUGUGCUGCCUUAGUAUUCUGUUGUGGCCCUUUGGCCAUGAUCAGACCAGAAGGAGCGCAGCUAAAAAGACUAAUAAAUAUUGCGGAAGUUGUUGAGGAUUUUGGCUAAUCUUUGCAUGCAGUAAAUAUUUGACUCCUAAACACUGGCUAUAGAAAGUAGGCAAACAGGUUUUCUAGUUACACCUACAGGUUUUUCAAUUGCCUCUGACCGCCGUCCUUAACUUUCCAUGAAAUAAAUGACAAAAAUCUCAACAGCUCUUUUAUAAUCAUCCCUUGGGAUUAUUUUCUUUUAGAAAUUGUUGUUGAUCUCUCAGGGCAGUAUUUAAAUAAAUUUUGCUCGGAGUAUAUUUUUACGAUCCACCUUAUUUCCAUGAUUGUAAGUAGCUGUAAACUGUUUUUAAUAUUGUGUUUUAAUUGUUAGUAACCUGCCCUGGAACCUUAGUGUGAAGGGCUGGUAAUAAAUUGUGAUAAUAAUGGACUCUCUGAAAUGAAUGGAC